ACCGGCAUCGGCCUCGGCACCACUAUCCGCAGCCACGACAGAAUCCGCCGCCACCGCUGACCGCGUCUCCGGCACCAUCGUCUGACAAGUGGGUGAGUGACGGCGACGAUAUUAUUUAUACACGCGCGCGCUCGGGAAUGGGAGGGGCGGUGUACCUAGCCGACCGGUACAUAAAUUAUUAUGACCGGUAGUCGUUAACGCAGUACAAUGCAUAACUUCUAUUACUAUUCACGGUACCGAUAGUUUUAUUUUUCAGCGUCUCUUCUCCGACAUAACAUUAUUCAUAAUAAUAAUAAUAAUAAAAUAUUCAACACCGACGAUUUUCCGCAUUAUUAGAUUUCAAUGCGAAAUGUAUUAUAAUUUUAAUUAUUUUCAUAGGAUUUCUGAAUAACCACACGUUAUAAACACUUCAAAUUAUUUUAAUAUUAGAUUCGUAUACAGAAACGAAAUACAAGCAAAUACUUCAAAAAUCAAAAAUGUUUUAAUAUAUUAUUUACAUAAAAAAAUUAUUUUUUGUCGUUUAUUUUAUUUUUUUAAUGAUGUUACGCAGUUAAAAUGUAUUUUUCUAAGGAAAAUGAAUCCGGUGAAGAUAGCGAUUAUAUAAAAAUAUCUAUCUCACUGUCAUUUUUUAAGCUAAUGUAGUUAUUUGCACACGUUAUAAACCUAUACUACCGUUUUUACAAUUUCUGUCCGUCUGGACUGACUCAGGAACUCAACGGGACUUUCACCGCAAGAUACAGAUUAUUUGCUCACGUAUAAUUUUGGCUACUUUUGUUUUAUCCGCCUGUCCGUCCGACAAUCAUUUGUAUUGUUUCCAUUAUACGUAUCAACAUUUUAAAAUUUAAAAAAAAAAAAAUUCGCCAAUAAAAAUUAGUUUUGGACGCCAUAAAUACACAAUCUCAAUAUGCUCGAAAAUAUAAUUAAAUGCGAAAUAAAUACAAAAUAUAUUACGCUAUUCGUUAGGAACACAAUAAUAUUUUAAUUUUUCCACCAGAAUCAAUAAUGUCCGAAAAAAUGUGUUUGAAAAACUGCGAAUGCCAAAUAGUGAAUGAAAACGUACAGCCAUGCAGGUUUAUUAUAAUGCGUUGUCACAAGAAUUUUAUAGCCUUGUAAGUUGUAAGUUUCUUACAAUUUCAAAAAUAAUACUUUUACAAGUCGUGGGUUUUUGUAGUUUUUCAAAAAUUUCAUUCAAACAGUUUUCCUGAAAUACCGUCAGAGUAUCAUACAAUAACUACAAUCUACGAUAAGCGAAUCUUGGUGAGCGCUAUUUUACACGCGUAAAAUGUGUUUUUUUUUUUUAGUAAAAUGUAUUUUUAAUGUUAUCUAUCAUAAUUCCUAUUUGAAAACACAUUUUCGGUUAGUAAGUGGGCUCCAAAUCGUUCACAUCGUACAUUGAAAGAUGUUGAUUUUUUGACUAGUGGUACUUUGAAUAAUUUUUUCAUAUUUCCAAAUAGUUUUGCAAACAAAUAACAAGAAAAUAAACUAACAACGACAACAAUUUACUUUAUAUCGGUUAUGCCCAUUUUUACCAGUUUACCGAUAAAUGUUUUAUGCAGCGGCUUUUAAUACGUAUUAUUAUUAUUAGUUAUAUUAAUAUUAAGUUAUAUAUAAAUUAAGUAACUAAAUAUAGUAAACAGUGGCGUACCUGUGGGGAGGGCGAAGGGAGCAUUGCUCUCCCCCGUGGGUCGUAUAAUUUUAUGUGACAAUAUGUGUGUAUUGUUAUAUUUUAGGAAGUAGUUUUGUUACAGUAUACGAUAGUGUAGUAUUGUAUUGUAUUGUUAUAGAAUUCACAGCUAUUUAUUAUAAAACAAAAUAUUUCUAUAAUACAAAAUUGGUGGUGGAUAAUUUGACUCCAGUGACGAAGCUCUGUUGUUUACGGAUAUGAGAAGGAUUUUUUCACUGUAAAAUAAAUAGUUAAAUAAUUCCCGUCUACAAUUGACGGGAAAUAUAAUUUCAAGUAAAAUAUAUGUUUAUUAAUACAGAAGCCUUAUAUUAGGUAUAUACGGUUACCUUUAUGUAUAGUCCUAACUGCUGAGUAUUUAAUUACAAUUGAAUAAUUAACCAUAUUGAACAUGUGUUUUUUAUAUUCUGAGCAUUUACUAAAUAAUGUGUUUUUUAUUUUUCUCGGUCAAAAUUUUUAGUAAGUAAAAUACUUUAAUUAUUUCACGCAGUAUCUACAUUAAAAAAAUGCGAGAUUACCGACCGGGUCGCAGUACUCGAAAAGUUUUUAAUUCUCACUUAUUCGCCUACAGACCCUUUUUAUGAUUUUCACGGAAAAUAUUUUCUUACGUAUAGUAACAAGCCUCUAAAACUUUCACAAUGUAUACCAACCUACCUUUAAAAUAUACGGAUUUCCUCUGUAAAUACUAUUUGCUCGUGACAUAUUUUUUAAAAAUAAAAACGAAAAACGAUUCAAAGCGAAGUUCGUCUAUACAUGAUUUUUAAGGCCGCAAUAUUUAAGUUUUUUUUUCAAAAUUUGAUCUUAAAUAAUGCUAAAAAAAAAAUUACAUUGCAAUCAAUAAUUUUAGAUUUUGAGCAAAUCGAGGAAUGGAGGACAUAUAAUCGAGGAAUAUGUAUAUUUUUUUUUUAAUUGCAAACGAUGUUCAAGUGUAGUACCGUUUCUGAAAGAGAUAUUUUUUCUGGGUGGUAAUUUGAGAAUGUCAUUUUUUGAAUUUCUAAGCGGUUUUCAUAAUAAUUGAGAAAAAUUGUGGAAAACGUAGGAAAACAGGAAAAUUUACGAAAUGCAUUAUUUUUGAUUUUGCUUUUUAUCAUGAUACAGUUAAAAAUAUUCACAGAGAUUUGCAAUUUGGACGUAAAACUUACAUUGGCCGUUUAUAGACGUGGUCAUAUUUUUAAAUCGUGUGCAAUUUUUGAGCUAUUUAUAGACAUUUAAAUUUUGUGAAUUGGUACGCAAUUUUAUACUUUAUGGAUAAAAUUGUUAGACCAAACAAAAAUAUUUGAAAAUUUGACAGGAGAUUCAUUAUAGGCUAUACUUAGAUCUAAUGAUAAAAAAAAAAAAACAUUUAAAGUAAAUUUACAAUCAAAUGUUGUAUAUAUUAAAUUCACCUCUACAUCUAUAUAUCCUAGCUUCCCAGCUUCUCACCUAACACAUUGGCCCACUCAUUAUGCGAAGUAUAGGUUAUCAGUUAUUAUCGGUUGCGCUGCGAGUUGGUGUGCUGUAAAUAUUAACUGUUUUUUAUUAUGAAAACCACUUGAAAAAUCAAAAAAAUGAUCUCUCAGUGCACCAACUAGAUAAAAUUUACUUUUGGAAAAGGUGGCUGUACUUGAUACAUCGGGGUAACAUUUCUGAUAAAAAAGCUUCUCACAGACACAAAAAAUAAAAAUAAUAAAACCGUUAUUAACGUUUGUUAAGACAAAUUGGAUAAUUACUUCUCAAUACACUGACUAGAUCCAAAAUUAUACAAAAAAGCUCACUUGUCAUUUUUGGUGCAUUUUUUUUGUUAAAACAUUAAUAAUUGUCCACAGACCCAAAAUUCGAAAAAAAUCUCGCACAUCACCAUAAAACCCAAUAUAUUCCUCGCGGCGCCCAGUAUCUAAAAAAAAAAAACCUGAUAACAAAUAAUAUUUAAAACCAGCACGCAAAAGUAGUUAACAUACUACUAUCAUUACAUAUCGUUCGAGUUUGUGAAAUUCAUAGUCGGUUUUUGAAUAUGUAACUGUACAAUUAAUGUACGACUUAAUAAUAAAUGAUUGGGUUCAUCGUCAACCGAGGAAUUAUAUUACUCAUGCCACAGCUAUAUUGAUCAAGCAGACUUGUCGUUAAUAACUUUAAUAUAUCAAAAUAAUAUACUAGGUACCUAUGACGAAUUAUUCGAAUUUAUCGCAGGACCCACGAGACCUUUAUUAUGAUAAUAUUACUUUCAUUUGGGUCGUAAACUUCAAUUACAUUCUUCUGGAACAUUUCCUAUGCAUUUAUUAUGUACAUAGGUAUAUUCGUAACUAUUGUUACCUAAAAAUAUUGUAAUUAGAUUUGUGAUCAAUUCACAGCAAAGUCAUUAGUACUAAGUUAGAGUUUGGUUGUUUAGUUAGAAACUUUUUCGAAAUCUGUAUUUCGGUAUUUACGACAUGUUUGAUUUUGUAGGUUCUUUUUUCUCCCAUUUUGAACGCAUUCUAUGGGUUUUUGUCUUUUUUAUAAUUUCAAAUUGUAUAAUUAUCGUUUGGAAGUCCGAUUAUAGUCCCUCGAGUGGAAUACCUAUAGGCACCUACUUUUAUUGUUAAUGAAUAUAUAAUUUUUCCUCAUCGGCUUGACGAAAAACUCCCGAGUGUAAAGAAUAAUAUGAUAGCAUUAUUUUAAUAAGGUUUUCGUGAGCUGAAAUUGCAUAUAGACACGUGGGAUUCGAUAUUGCACAUUAUGUAAAUAUAAUAUAUGGGUAGUGGGUGUAUACACAUGUAUUUUUGUUGUUUUUCUCUGGAAUAUAAUAUUAUAAUAACAACGACGUGCUGUUGGUUUCACGGUUGCCGGACACACGUCACCGUCACAUUGCAGACUUUUAUUAAAACCGUUUAACCGCGAGUACAAUUGAUACAUAUUGGUAUACGGCGCGUGGUGUGUAGGGUGCCCAUCUACCUACCAGAGAAUACCUACGCUAACCUACCUACCGGACGUUUGAUGAAAAAAAAAAAAUACUAUUCGAUUCGUUAUAAAACAACGGUGGCGGCAUAAAGGAUAGGAGAGCAGGACAGAAAAAAAAAAAAGCAGCGCCACCCGGGGGAAGCGAAAACCCGGUAUAAUAUAUUACACAGAGUCGUAUAAUAAUAAUAUGCAAUUGCGCGGACGAUUCACACGCCGCUGGGGGAGAGUUGCACACAAGAGGAGAGAGCUCGGUGUAACAACGGCGGCGCGGCGUCCGCGUCCGCGCAUGUGUAACAAAACGCCGAAAUGCCUACCCCUCGACGCCGACGACGACGACGACGGUUUCCGAAACGUAAAUGGCACGUCAAAUCGUUGAUAGCGGUUAGCCCGAUACGACUACUCUGCUCUGCUGUUUUUUAUUUCCCGUCGUUAUUUUAUUUUAUUUGUUUUUUUUUUUUUUUUUUGUUAUAAAUAUUAGUUAUUUCCUUCUACCACCCCUAGUUCAAUAAAGCGUACUCGUUUCUACUCAUUUGAACCGAAAAAAACGACAAUCUCUCCCCCGGACAUUUCGCCGCCGUCCCAGAACAACAAGAACAAGAGAAGGUCAGUACAUAUUAUAAUAUUAUUAUUAGGUAUAUCUUUAUUUAUCAUGCGCAACCAACCGACAGCACAAUACUAUUAUCUCCGUUCGAUUAUAAUUUCCACGUAAUUUGUGUUUUACAUUUUAUUCAUAUUCACAUGACAAUAUCAUUCACGAUUAACAAUUAACGACAAUAAUGUAUUAUAUAUUGUCAUGUAUCGGUUAGUUGUUAUAGGUAUUGGUCUUUUGUUUAUUGCUUUUUUCUUUUUUUCCUCAAUUCGAUUUUUCGAAUACAAUAUUAUCUUAAACCAGGCGACACAUUUUUUUCUGUGAACUUGUGCGUGUAUUGUUAAUAAAUACAACGAAUUAACGAAUUCUUAUACAUUUUCAAAUAUUGCCCGCAGCUUAUAUAUACCAUUUUUUAAUGGCAUCUAUACUACGAAAUCACGUUUGUUUUUAACCUUUUUUUCUCUCUAUUUUUUUAUACAUAAUAUUAAAUUUUUCCGUGUAAUUCAAAUUUAGAUAUUAAAUGACAAAUUUAUAAUGAGAAAUCCACAAAAGAGCGUUUAAAAACGUCAAAAGUUCCCCGAAAAAAGCAAAAAUGAUAGAAGGAUUUCAAAAUCCUUUUCUAUAACGACUUUAAAUUAAUAAAUAGCAUUUCCAUUAAUUAAUAACAUGACCAAUUCAUCAACACAACGUAAUUUUGUCUAUAAUUUAAUACGUACAAUUUUAUUUAAAAAAAAAAAUUAUACUUUGUGUUAAUUAUUUGUGUAGUGUUAGAAAAUUGUAUUUAAUAAUUUAGAGUCGUUAGAGAAAGACUUUUAAAUCCUUCUACCAUUUUUGCAUUUUUAAAUAUUUUUGUGGAUUUGAAGUGCAAUAAGUCCCGAGUCAUCAAUAUUAUUUAUUUAUUUAUUUUGAAUCAUUCGGUACACCUACUUUACAAAAGUUCGUCUAAAUUGGUUUUAAUUAAAAUCAUAUCUAUACAAUAAUAUUGUUAGAAAAAGUAAUUGUAGCUAUAAAUCGUACACAUAAAAUAUGCGAGUAUAUUACCUAUAAAAUAUACAUACAUUACAUAUAUUUGUUUAUAAACAUUUUCAAAUUAAUUAACUAUUCGUUUUAGAUAUUUUAAACAAAAAUAAUACUGUUAAUAUCAAUUCUGUUGCAUUAUAUUUUUAUUUCACAAAGUAACUCAGAUUUUUAUUUUUUGUCGUAUUUUAUAUUAACGGUGUCUUUCAAAAUUCAGCGAUGUUUAAUCAAAAAUAUACGGUUAACAUAUAUCCCUACUCUAAAUAUUUAAAUCAUAAUUUAUUGUUGGAUCUUGUUCCAAAAUUCCUUAUAGCCAACUGAAUUUCCAUUGAAUCCAGCAUUCAAUUUUAUUUUUCUAUUUGUCUGAUUGAAAUUUCUUAUCAGAUCUCAUUUACUGUGAUUCCAUAUAUUUAUGCAAAGACAUAAUAUAUCCAUUAUACUUGAUAAUAUAGGAAAAAUGUUGCAAUCAUGUUAUUUAUUAUGCAACGCAAUCUAAAUAGUUUGGUUUCCAAUAGUUCCAUUGUUAAUUAGAAGGCAUGGCAAUACUUGUAUUAUAAACGUUAGAAUAUUGAAUAGCGUAUAAUUCAUUUGCCUAUGCAUUUCGUUUUGUUUUAAACAAAUUUUCAUAAGUUAGUGUUUAUAUAUGUUUCAUUAACGGUAUUGGAUUUUUUUUUUAUUGCAAUCUAUAAACAUGGUGUUCCAAAUUGUAUAUUAUUACAAUUUUGAGAGUUGCCGUAGUAAGUACUCAUACACAUACUCUCAAACUUUGUAACAAAUUAUUUAAUUUGGAAGACCCUGUGUAUACAUAUAAAUAAGCUUUUUUCUUUCUUUUUUCAUUGAAAACUGUAUAUUUUUUAGUCUUUAAGUAUAAAUAAGUGUGCGUAGGUAAAAAGGUGUGUUUUUUUCCACUUCUGUCUAAGUAUUGCUAUAUAACUCUAACGCGUUCAGACAAAACAAUCGGGAACGGGGACGCCAGAUGUGCGAGGAGGUCCUUGUUGUUAAAAUAAUAAUAUACGAAAGAAGACACGAUCGUUAUUCUUAGCCCGCCGCCGCAAGAUAUGGCAGAUAAUAACAUACCGGACUGUCUUGAUCGCGCGCGUUGGGACUAAUAUAAUAUAAUACCUAACUAUAAAACACAAUUUAUUAAAUUCCCACUCUUUUAAAUAGGCAGUCUUACCUCACCAAACUUCUCUACUCGUUAGAGACUUUUAGAAAAUAAAAUCGUAAAACAUGCGGUUUUAUUAGCCUUUUAGCGUCUUACCACCGUAGUAUGUCAAGGUGGGAGGGGGAGGGGGAUACGUUCUAUAAAGUUGACCAAAAGAUAAAAUUAAAUUACCGAAAAACAAACUUCUAUCCGCUCGAAAGAGAUAGUAAAUAUUUAGUAUAUAUAUUUACCAAAUAACUAUUUUACCAAAAACAUAUUAAAAUUCGUUUUAAAUUUAUAAUGCAAUGUUUUACUACUACAACAGUAGUAAGCAAAAUACUAGUGCUACUAGUACUACUACUACUAAAUACUAGUAGAGUGUUAAGAAGAAAAUUAAACAUCACAUGUCGUAAUAUAUUUAUUUAUUCAUUUUUUUUUUUUUUUUUUUUUUUUGAAAGAACUUUGUUUACAUUUUUAGUUAAUUCAGCAGGUUGGAGGAAAAAGACGGACCUAGUAUUGGAAAUUUAGAAUAUUAUUCAAAAAAAUAGCAAUAUUAUAGUAUAAUAAACGUAUAUUAGCUUAAACGUAUUACUAGCUAUUAAGCUAAAAAAAAAAGUAAAUUAUUUAGAAUCAUUUAUUCGCAAGUGUGCCUUACAUGCGUAGAUAGUAUUUAUGGUUUUUUGUUUCUAAUACAGUAAAUAUAGUAUUUUUGUUUAGUUAAAAUUAUACAAUUGUUAAAUUGUAUUAUAAAUAGAUACUAUGUUGUACUUGCUAUUUUAUUAGCAUAAAUAGAAGAAGCUUGAGAGGUUUGGACCCCAAAAUUCAAUCAACCUUCCCAAAUCAAUUAAUAGUAAAUACUAAUUAUAUAAAAUUAAUAGGCUUAAGUCUCCUCCAAAAUACUUACCCUAUUUGUGUCUAUAUAAUACACCGAUAGUUUUAAAACGGUCAGUCAACUGCAGUGACAGGUACUUAUUGGUUAUCGCAACUACCUAAUCAAAUAACUGUUAGGUAAUAAACAAUUCGGUUAUCGAGACUACAGGCAGUAACGACACGAUAAAGAUAUUGAUGGUGGUUAUUAUUAGGAUCAGUUAUCGAUACUUAUCGUUAUUUCACCUGUAAUCCAUUUUCUUUUUACCUUGUUACCUAUAUCCAACGUGGUUUUGCACAACUAAUGUAGACUUAUUUUUGAUGAAAAUUGUCUGAAUAAGUGCAGCGAAAACAAAAAGAAAGAUAAGUAUUCGCCAGAUAGAGAAUUUGAUCCAAUCGAAAAAUGACAAGUGAUUUUUUUUGUUGCAUUUUUAAUUUUGUUGAUAAGGAAAAUUUUUGGUUUUCUAAGCAGUUUUCUGAAUAAUUAUACUAAACCAUGAAAAAAAAACGCAGAGAGAGCGGAAAAGUUUACAGAAAUAAUAAUUUCAUUAUUUUCAAUUUUGUUUUUUUGUUGUAAUUUACUUAAAAAUACUCGUAGAGAUUUGGAAUUUUGACAGAAAACUUAUACUGGCCUUUUCUAAACGUGGUCAUGUUUUUACAAUUUUCUGAAAAUAUUUUUGAGAUAUUCACAGGCAUUAUCUUGUUGUUAAGUAGUUUUUCUUUAGUAGGUGUAUAAAAUUGUUUGAUCAAACAGAAAUACUUGAAAAUAUAAUAGGAGGUUCAUUAUAUAUUGUACUUUUACUUAAUAGUUAAAAAAAAACAGUAGAGUAUAAUGUAGUAGUUUAUUUUAUAUAAGCAUUUUAAAUUCACAUUUUGACGAAAAACCUAAUAAUUUCGGCAUUUCAAAAUAUUUAUAACCGAACUGCUUCGCUCAUAAUCGGUUUUCAUCAGCAAUAGUUAAUCGUUGCUUACAGAUAUAAAUACAACAUUUGUAUCUAUCCUAUUUUCUCAACUACCCAACCAACAACAGUAGAACAGUGCAAGCUCACCAUCAACAGUAUCGUCUUAUUUUUUUGUCUCCAAGUAUGACUCUAAUUAUGAAUUAUUUAAUACGAUCUUUUGUCACCUAUUCUUUAGACACUAAUCGAUAAUAAAAUAAAAUUAAAAACAAUCAUUGAUCAUAUGUUUCGUAUUCAUAACUUUAAAUUGAUUUUAAAUUCUGAUUGUAGCAAAGAAGUGGUUUGUUUUAUAAAAGUAUUCUUGUUAGGGGAAGGUAAAAUCUAUAUUUUCAGAAGAUUGAUAAUCCAAAUUUUCGGAAUUAAAAAUCUUAAAUCCGGAUUUAUGGAAUCCAAAGUCAAAAAUGUAUUUGAAAUCUGUGUUAAAGAUUUUUUGAAAUUUGAUUUUGCAUUGUUUUAGAUAUUUUGUAUUCAACUCCAGCACUAAUCAUAAAUAUAAUUUUUCAGUACAUGUAUAAGAAGAUUCAUAUCAAUUUAUGAAUUGUCUGAUAAUAAUUUAUAAUAAUCACUCUAAUUAUAAGUAUCAAAUGAAGACAAAUUAUAGGUAAAAGAAGGUGGCUGGCAAAAUUAUUAUUUUUAAUUCUAUAAAAUCAUUUAAUAUACGUCUUAGAUUACGAGCUUAGCAAGAGAUCUGUACAAAAAUAUGAAUAACAGAUUUAAAAAAAAAAUCUAAUUUUGAAAUCUAAAACUAGAAUUUUUGGAAUUUGUUCCAAAAAUCUGUGUUUUUGGAUAAUCCGGAUUUAUAUCACAUUACUAAUAAUUCUUCUAAGUAUAUUAGUGUUGUUUUUUUUGUACUCUCGUAAAAUAAAUUUCAGUAAGUAAAAAUAAUCCAAUUUGUUCACUCAAUAUCAUAAGAGAUUGUUUUAUUUUCGUUUAUUUCUGAGUUACCUUGACUUCAAGUAAAAAAUAUACUAUACCCUGAAACCAGUUUACUGAGUUUCACUCAGAAUCGGUUUUUUAUUGCAAUGGUUUAUCGCUUCUAUGUGUACAUGACUAAAUUAAUAUUAUCCUAUACCGGAUUAAUUUACAAUAGAUUUUACCUAUGUAAUUAUUUUUAAUCGAAAACGUUUGUUGAUUGAUUUGAAAAUAAUAGGUACCUUUAGAAUAUGAACCAUAAUUUUGUACACUAAAGUUAUCAUAAUUGUAUAAUAUAAUUUAAUAUAAUUUCAUUUUUUAGUACCGACAACAUUGGUAGGCAGAAUAUUUCUUUCUGUACUUAUACAUAAUCUCAAAAAUAAAAGGAACAUUUAUAUAUACAUAUAAGAAAACGCUUGAAGAAUAAAAUCAUAAAAAAUAAAAAUAACCCUAAAAAAAAAAAAAAGAAUUUGUAGUGGAAACUGCAGUCUUUGUUCUUCAUAAGAUUAUUAUAAAUUCUGCUGCUGCUCAACUCGUAAUUUCUUUUUUUUCUUUUUGUAUACCGCCAUUAUACCUAUAUAUAUAUAUAUAUAAUGCCAUUGUACUUAUAUAAUAUAUAUAUAUAUAUAUAUAUAUUAUUUUACAGUGCAUUCAUUCGAGUAUAUUGGGUAUUUAUUUCCUUUUAGGAAUUUUUUUGCCCGGAAGUAAUUUAAACGUCAUCAUAUCCGUACAUUUUAUUUCGUGUAUGUUUAACGCUUCUUGAUAUUUUUUUCGAAUAAAUUUUAAUAGAAUAGGUACAGGAAUUUCAUUCUAAACAUGUGUACAUCGAGUAAAAAAAAAAUCUAGGUAACUUGAGAUUUUGGACAAAUAAUAAUACAAGGUGUCCCACGAAGCUAUACCCAUUCCAAUAUUUCCUGAGAUAAUAAAGAUAAUCAAAUUUAGUUUUUUUAAUUUUGUAUUAAUCGCAGGGAUAAGGACUAUAAAUAUUUACGUUUGAAUUAAAUUUGUAAAUUUUGGUAAAAUAACUAAAAAAAAAAGAGGGACAUACUUUGCACGAUGGGUGGAUCACUGUUGUUGAUGAAAAGUUGAACAAAUAGAAUUAGAAAGCAAUUUAAUAUUCCUUGUUACUUUUGGUACUGCUACUAUUGUUUUUUCCUUGUUACUUACCUAAGGUGGUUUUGGAAAAAAAAAAACGGAACUCUGGUUGAAACUUGCGAUUUCUUGGAUGAUAACAAGUACCUACCACUACUAGAUUACGACAGGCAAUGUAUAUUUAUUUAACAUAACAUAUAAUACCCGCAUAUUAUCAGAAUUUCAAAAAACUAUAAUUUCCAAAUGAAGUCAAUCCGCUCAAUUCUGACUUCACCAUCGUUCUUAAAUGAGCAAUAUAUAUUGCAUAACAAAAAAAUUAAAAAAAUUGCAUGGAUCAGUAACUUGAUUUGUACCACAAAAUGUUUUACUCGAACUAUUUUCGUCAAAAUUUGAUAUUAAAAUUCCUCUGUAUACAUAUUAAUAUUAAUAAAUCAAAGAGUACGAAUUUUAAUGAACCAUCUGUUAUAUUUUCAAGCAUUUUUGUCCAGUCCAACAAUUACCUACUGAAUAAAAAUUAUGUACACAAUUCGCAAAAUUAAAAUGUCUAUAAAACGCUCAAAAAUGGCUAAUGUAAUCUAAUAAGUAAUCUAAAAUGUUUUCAAUAUUUCACCACUCCCAGAAAAGGUAAAUAUAAGGUUUGUGUUCAAAUCUCAAGUCCAUUCGAAUAUUUUUAACUGAAUUAAAACAAAAAAUAAUAUUGAAAAUAAUAAAAAAUUUAUUUUCGUAAAUUUUCCCAUUUUUCUUACAUUUUAUCCCAGGUUUUCCGAAAACGGUAUUAUAAAUUCGUGAACAUCUCAAAAUCGUAUCAUUUGUUGGAUACCAUAAAAUGUUACACGUGUUGCAAUACAAUUUACGAUAACAAUAUUAAUAUUAUUAUAAUGAAGACUAUAAAUAAUCGCAUUAAAUUAACAGUAGUUUAAAGAAAUUAUCAACUACGUUUAUAGAUAUUUAAAGUAUUAUUGUAUCAGAUAGCAAACGUUCUUGAAUUCCAUUUUUUCCAAAAACUAUCUAAAACAGAUAGUUCAAAAGUUAUUCUUAACACGAACCCACCGAUUUAUUAACAUUAUGAUUAUAUUGAUCUAAUAGAUUAUUAGACAUUUUCAACUUUGGUUAUUUUACAAUCUUUACAUUUUCUGGCAGUGCCUAUGCCUAUACUAAAUGUUUUUUUCAACAUAACAUUGCUCGUUUGUUUUGUAUCUAAAUUCGUUUCAACAAUGUUUUUAUUAUUAUCUUUACACGCCGUAUUGAUGAGUCGUUUUAUCUUUCCAGACAGAUGUGCAGCUAAUUUUACAUUUUUUUUUCUCUUGUAUACUAUUAUAUAUGUGUAUUAUAAUAUAUACCAGGAAUAAUGUUCUCUAUGAAUAUAUCUUUAAAGUACAAAUAGGUACAAAUGUCACCGCUACGUAUAUUGUAUUAAUAGUCCAAAAUGCUUCUCAUAAAAUAUAUUAUGCUGCACUACUACACUGUGUCUCGGUUUCCACAUUUCGGAUUUUCCAAGUGUUCGGAACUGGGAAAUCAUUAUCACAUUUUUUAUUUGGAAUAACUACUUACUGAAAUAUUUACGUGGUUAGCAAACACCUGUCAAGGUAUAUGAGUUGAAAAUAAACAAGUAAAUUGAUAAUAAAUAACGAACACUAUAAUAUUAUUCUGAGUAUAUGUUGUGAUAAGAUACCUAACUGUUGAGUAUCGAUAAUAAACACUAUAGACUCACGUUUAAGUUUAAAUGACUUUUAGAUUCUCAAAAAAAUAACAAUAUUUUUUAUUUCAUUUAAUUUGUGAAGUUGUUUUCAUAAUUAUCCAGGAAAAAAAUGCAGGAAAUACGGAAAAGAUUCCGCUAUUAAUAGUUGAAUUAUUUUCUUUUUUGGUUUCUUCGUUAUAAAUUUGUUAGAAAAAAUUAUAGAUAAAUAGCUUUUCUAGACAUAGUCAAAUUUUCUGAACAUUUUAACAAUUUUUAAACUAUUUCUAGGCACUUUUUCGUUUUUAUUUGAUAGAUAUAUGGGUAAAAUAGUUCAGCCAAACAUAAAUACUUAAAAAUUAAAAACGAUGUUCGUUAUAAGUUAUAAUUAAUGUUAAAAAUUAAAAUUAAAAACGUUUAGUAUAGUAUAGUUUUUUUUAAUAAGAGUUUUAGAUCAAAUUUUAAUAAAAUUAUGGUAUUUCAAAAUAUAUAGGUAUAAUAUUGAACAUCGCUUGGAAUCGUGUUCGGUUAUGAAUAGCUUAUCGUCGUUUACAGAUAUUAACCUUUUCAACUUCCCACCUACAACAGUGGUGCACCAAUCAGCAGCAUCAGUUUUCUAAAUUAUUAUAUUGUUAAUGUACAAAACCAAUUGAUCACUUUGAUCAUUUUAAUCAAAUAUAUUCUUUUUGUGAGCUAAUUUUUGGAUUUUAAUAAUAUCUUUUAAUAGGAAAUUCAAGUUUUUCUAAAUCAAUAUUAUUUUUUUUUUUUAAAAAACAUUCAGUUUUCCGUUAAAAUUAGAUUGAUAAUUCAUUAUAAUAAUGCGGCGUAAGCAUUUAAUCAUAGGAAUUUAAAAAAAACUUUUAACCGUUUUAAAACAUUUUGAAAAAAUAAAAUUAAAAUAAACAAAAAUAGCGUGAUAAAUGGAUCAUCCAAAUGUUAUAAAUGUUACCUUCAAAAAUGUUUUUUUUUUUUUGUCUAGAGACCUAAUAAAAUGUCAUUAAACUCGUGAUGCGUACACGGUGAGAAGGACUAAAAGGAAACAGGUAAGUUUGGCAGUUUUACUUUAUUGAAUCAGAAACUGAUUCUUUGUUCAAUUUCACGUCGUUUUGCACGUAAAAAAAAUAAUAAUAAAAAUAAAAGUUUUCGAUUGAUAUGACUAAAUCUUUAUUUUCUUCAUUAUUCAAUUCCUACUUAUAUGAAAUAAAAACGCUAAUAUUAAAAAAAAAAAAGACUUCUCAGACGUAUUUACAUCAAGCAUAAUAUGACCACCUGCGCCCCGUUAUUUUCUCUUUUUAAUAUGAACUCUCGCUAUCUAUACCAAGAAUGCUUAGAAAUUGUGUGAAACUGUAGAGAGUAUGAAAUACAUAUCCUUAAGGUAAAUAUAAAAUGUGUCAACAAAAAUAUUCGAUACACUAUAAAAUCAAAAGAACUAAAAGUAAAAGUGUAUAACACAGCAUUGAACUUACGAAAUAAACUAACUAAUGGAAUUGAUUCUAGGUUGAGGAAAUUAUUUUUGAUCUAAAAAUAUUCUUUAUUAGUUAAUAUUAUAAUAUUUCCCUCGGACCUCCCUUGUUAAGUACUUACGCCUUCCAAGUUAAUUAUAUAAACUAACAAUACAUUCACACAAAACUGAAAUGUUUUGUAAGUCAUCGAAAGAUGAUUGUUCAGUAAUCUUUACCAAUCAGCUAUUAUUUAAACAUUAGUGCCAUCAAUGGCGCAUACAGAAUUUUUUUUUUUGAGGGGAGAGGGGGGGUGGUUGAAAAAAUGUAACAAAUGAAAUUUUUUUGAAUUUUGUAUGUAUUAUAAUUAUACAUUAAACAUUUUAUUACUAUUUUACAGCGCUAAUUAUAUAAAAGUUGAAAUAUUUAUCUUAUUUAUUAAUAUUAUUCAAAUCAAUCCUGUGCGAAAUAAAUAUUUCGUUCAAUUGAUCUAAAACGAUAUCUAUAAAAGGUAUAAAUACAGAGAAAUUAUAAAAUAUUCUGGACCAUCUGAUUUAGAUUGGCAAACUACAGUAAUAUCAAUAUUUUCACAGACAGUUAUUACAGAUAAAAAUAAUUGUUGAAACUCUACAUUACAAUUUUCUCUUAUAUCCUGAAUAUUAUUUUGAACAUUAACAGCUUCUAAUGCAGUUUUUAAAUCAAGAUUUACUGUUUAUCAUACAAAUCAACAAACAUGCCUAAUUAACCAAUAGCAGCCAAUUUACUAUUAUUAUUUUAAUCUGCAACCAAUAGCAAACAUACAAUAAACAAAAAUGUAUUAUUAUUUAGCGCCACUGUCAUUUCAUCACCACCACAUAUUUCUCUCUGAACCACAACUUUAUAGGACUAAAUGUAUGUCUAAGAUAAUGGUCCGCAAUGUCCUCUUUAAUUUUAAAAAAAGAUGAAUGAAAUCGGUAAAUGCGUUCUCAAGUGAUGCCGUGACAAAGGAAUAGGGUUCAUUUUUAUAAAUAGAAAUUUGUUUCAUAGCAUACUUAUUUCCCCGUUUUUUCUACAUUUUUCCUAGUUUUUCUCAUUUAUUGGAAAAACUCCCGAGAAAAUCAAAACAUCAACCUUCCUAAAGCACGUCCCCAGUCUGAUUUUCUUUUAGAAAAAGUGCUACACUUGUAACUCGGAGUAAGAUUUGUGGUAGAAAAGUUGUCCACAGAAAAUUAAAUAAAUACAAAUAAAUUCACUCAAGUAUUCGUACCUUGUAUAAAUAAAACUCCAUUCAUAUAAUAUAAUAUAUUUUAUAUUUUUUCCAUUUAAAAAUAUUUAAUACAUUAGGAGUUUUUUUUCAAUUUGAAUUACAAAUUUAAUUAAAAUUUAGAUAAGUGUAUUUCGUUUUAAAUUAAAGUGUACUACUCGUAUAUUAUUAUAUCGUUCAGCCAGUGGGUCAAGUGUUUAUUAUGUUUAUCAAUAAAAUAAAUUAACGAUGUUAUUUCUUAUUUAUUUUAAAUGCGAAAAAAAAAUACAUUUAACCAGAAAUUCGAUUUAAUAAAAUAAAGUACAUACAAAUUAUUAUAUUUUUAAUACCUAAGGUAAGGUAGAGUAAGGUGACCAUAUAUAAUACAUAUUCGUAUUUUCCGUUUGGAAAAAUACUUGAAAUAUAUGUAUUCAUUUUAAAUAUUCAGGUUUAGGUAGGUACUUCAAAUUAAUAUAUAAAGUGUAUAUAUAGCGUACCAUAUCAUAUUAUAAUAUAUUAUACUGGAAUAUUUCAUACAGCAUUUUUUAUAAAAAUUUAAUUUAAAUAUCUAAGUACAUUUUUUUAUGUAUAUAUAAAUAUUAUGUUACACGACUACCGGAGAAAAAAACUGUACGGAUAUUGCAUUUUGAAUUAUUUUAUUAUUAUGUUUGAAUACAAUAUAUAUUCUAUCCCAGUAAGCGCAUAAUAUACCGUAGAAAUUCCGUCAGGUACCUGGUAUAAUAUGGUGAAAAUAAAAAAUGACAUUUACGUAGUAUUAUUAUUAUCAUUAAUAUAUUAUUAUUAUACACGACGAUAUACUUGAGAAAUAAGGUUUGAUUAGGUUUAUUACACAUGACGAAGUACAGGAUAGAAAAAAAAAAUAAAUUAUAAUUGAUGAAGUUGAUAAGUUCUCGAAUUUUUCAGUGAAUAAUAUUUUUACUUAAGUAUUUAAUUUAUAACAAAUUUUAAUGUUUUGUAAAAUUGAUGGCCAUGCAUCUAUUCAAAUGUCCCAAACAAUUAAUACUUACUGGUAUAACUAUUCAGAAUAAAAUAUUUGAACAGACUAGGUAUAUUAUUAAUUAAAAAUUAAUGUAAAUCAUGUAACAUUGUAACUCACUGAUUAUUUGAUUUAUUAUUCAUAUUAAAAAAGCUGUCCUAGAAUAAUAGGGAUGGGUGCAGCCACUGUUAUAGGUAAUUAAAUGUAUAACUGCAAGCAACAAUUAACCAAAGCUAAUCAAAAAAUGAUUCUGAGCGGAGUUCGGUUGAUAGAGUUGCUUUUUCAACAACAUACAUUUCAUAUUAUGGUAAAAUAAUAACAUAUGCAUUAUAUAUUUUCUUCAAUAAUAUUUGUUUGAUAUUGUACCUAUUUUAUCGUUUUUCUUCCGGUUUUUCCUGGUUUUCCCAUUUUUUAAGAAACCUCCUGAGAAAAUUAGAAAGUGAUGCAUUUAAAGUAUGUCCCUAGACUGAUUUGCUUUCAGAAAAAGUGCUAUCAAUGAAAAUUGGAGUUAAAUUCCUGGUAGAAAAGUUGUUCACAGAUACAAAUAAGAAAAUAAAAAAAUAUAUAUCAUUGUAAAACCAUAUAAGGAUCUUCGACCCACUCAAAAUCUUAAAGAUUCUACAAAUGUAAAAUUACAUGAUAAUUAUAGAAUAAAUUCGACGUACCAAAUAAUUUGUGAUAACAAAUAACAGCACAUUCUCAGAAUAAAAAUAAUUGAUGAAAUUAUCAGAAGUUUACCAAAAUUAAUAUUUAGAUUCUAAAUUAAGCGAAUAAUGCAUUGGUUUAACUAGGAUGGUUAUUAUUUUUUUUUUACUGGGUAAUUUUGUAUUAUGUUUGUCGUAGUUUAAUCGUAUUUACCUGUUGUCAUCCCAGCGAUUGCAAGUUCAAACCUGACUUUCGAAAAAAUAGGUUACGUUUAUAUUUUUCCUGUUACCUAAACAGAAAAAUAACAAAUGCAUUUUGGGUGCACCUAAAUACCCAAACCGUCGCUUGUUCGAACUAUUCUAAUCGAAAAAUACCACUUGUUUUUUUGUGCAGACUUUUCUAUCAGAAAUCUUGCUACGAUAUAUCAAAUUUAGAUUAUUUUCUAAAAUUAAAUUUUAUCUACAUAGUCGUUGUUUAAUUUUCCAAGCAGUUAUUUUAAUAAUUGGGAAAAACGGACAAAUUUAUGAAAUGUAGGUAUUAGUAAAAAGACGUCCUAGGAUAAUGGGGAUGAGUGCAGAUAAUGUUAUAGGUAAUUUAAUGUAUAUUUGUAAGCAAUAAUUAACCAUUGCUUACGAAAAAACAAUUCUGAGCAAAUAUAUAUGCCAUAUUAUAGUAAAAUUAUUGAAUAGACUCUAUAUAUUUUUCUAAAAAUAUUUAUUUAAUGUUGUACGGAUUUCCCUGAUUUUCCUACGUUUUAUUCGGUUUUCCCAUGUUUUUUCUCAAUUUUUCAUGUUUACUUAGAAACUCCGGAGAAAAUCGAAAAACUUUCUCUAUAAAGUACCUCCCCAGUAAAAUUUCCUUUUAGAAAAAUUGCUUUCUUUAAAAGUCAGAACAAAAUUACUAGUAGAAAAGUUGUCCACCAAAAAAAAAAAAAUCGUAAUAUUAUACAAAUAUAUUUCGUACAUUUUUCCGUUUUUUUUUUUCGGUUUUUCUCAUUUGAUGAGAAAACUCUUGAGGAAAUUGAAAAUAAAGUAAAAGCUAAACUACUUUACCUUAAAAAGUUUCUACUUAUAAAAAUCGAAGGUAUUCUUCAGGUAGAAAAAUUGUCUAUAGAAAAAAAAUAAUAACCUUUGUAAAACCAUACGCUGCUUUACUCCAUUUAGAAUCUAAAUAAUAUUGAGGGCUUUUUUUUCCUGUGUGACAACUUUUUUACCAGCAAUUUUGCUCUGAUUUAGAACGAUAGCCCUUUUUCGGAAAGGAAAUCUGCCUGGAAUGGUAUAUAGGGAGGUCAUUUUUUGAUUUUCCUAAUAAACGGCAAUGACAUGGGGAAAAACGGGAAAAUGAAUACAAUAUCAUACAAAUAUUAUUAAAGAAAUAAAUUAUGCAUAUUGAAUUAUUUUAUCAUAAUAUUGAGAAAAUAAUUGUGAUAUAAUAUUGAAAAAGCAACACAAUUAACUGAAUUCUCUUCAGAAUCAGUUUUUUUUAGCAAUCUCCUCUACCGUUCCAACAUCUCAUUUUUAACAGUGGUCCAUCCACGUGCGAAGUAUGUCUACUCUUUUUAACAUUAUUCCAUUUUUUGAUAACUUGUUAGGAGAAUUAAUGCGGUCAAAAUUCAAAUGACAUUUUUCUUGUAUCUGUUGUUGUCAUUUAAAUCCGGUCCAUAAUAAUAAUUACUUAAUUCUGAUUGCGUUCUUGGAAUGCCACUGCAGGAUGUGGCUUAUAUUAUUUAUAUUCUACAAAUAACGAAAUUUAAAGUUUGGUUUUGGAUUGGAGCAAAAAAUCAUAAGUAUAUUAUAUUACUAAAGCUCAUCGUACUUUGAAGUAGUCGAUAUAUAUCGCGUCUAUGACGGCCACCACAUCGAUUCGUAAAGUUCUGUUCGAAUUAUUUGGUCGACCACGACAGUUGAGAAUUCGCAGUGAAAAAACCGGAAGUCAUCCCAUUGUCAUAAUACACCGGAGAUUAAAUACAUAUUGGUAAUAUAGAUUUUCGUUAUUUUCGUUUUUUUUUUUUUAUUUAGGGUUUAUAUUUGAAUAUUUGUCGUACGUACUUGUGAUGAAAAUAAUAACAUAAUGAAAUAGUAGUAUAUUUUUCAAUAGUCUAGUAUUGUAACGCGUAUAGAGGGCCAAAGUGUAUUUUUAUAAAAGAAAAACAAGUAGGUCGUAAAUAUGUCAGAUACUACUAAUUUACUUGUUUGGUGGCGGCGUGGCGCGGUAUUUCUAUACUAUUAUAGCAAACUAUUUCAUACGACGGCGUUCAGUUUAAUCGGGAAAACUGUGAUCAGACAGUGUUCGCAUGUUAACGUUAUGAACAUUUUACGAAAUGUCACGAAUUCAAUAAAAGGUGGACUCACGGGACCGCAGAAAACGUCUGUAAACCCUUUUUCGAUUAACUAGUAGUCAAAACGUUCGACUUGUAUAUCUAUUACUUUAAAGGCAAAUGUGAAAUUGUCGAUGUUUGAUGUUAACACAAUUUAAUAUAAAAGACGAACUUAUUUUGCACAUCAAAUCGUUAUAGAAUUAUUAACAGCUAAAGUUAGAGUUUAGUGUAGAAAGGAGACAAGUCCAGAACAAUGUCCUUUCUAGCUAAAUAUCUUAAAUUACUGUUUUAUUAAUUAACAAAGCAACACUAUUAACUGAACUCCGCUCAGAAUCGUGUUUUCGUUUGCAAUUGUCUAUCCUGCUUUAAGACAUACAUUAAAUUUCCCCUUUACUAACCUCUCAACCUUCUACAACAGUGGAUGCACCCAUGUACAAUGUUGCCCAUUUUUUUAAAAAUGCGUAUGAUAAUGCCAUUUAUUUACUUAUACGCCCAAUUUCUUCUGUCUUAUCUAGACAGUUUAUUUUAUGCUUUCUGUAAAAUUAAGUUUUCAAGCCAUAUCCCCUUUCUGCAAUUAGUUAUUUAUGCCUCAUUCAACCUCUUAAAAAGCUACUAACUCUGUUUUAACUUUACGUUGUAAAACUAAGUAUCAAUAAUAAGUAAUAAAGGAAUAAAGAAGUCAUAAAACAAUAGGUGAUAAUAAUUAUUAUACUAGUUUAACAAAAACUGGAUAAAAAAAAUUAAGACCGCCUCCCCCGAUAUUGUUUCUGGUUACGGUACUGUCUCUACGUACUGGGCCAGACUAAAUAUUUAUAUUUGUCGUAUUCGCGAAGAAAAAAAAGACAUUUGCUAUACAUAUUUAUACGGUCUUUUAUCUCUAUACGAACAGCGUUGAUGGCUAUAAUUUAAUAUCGGGACAACCUCGUUUAAAUCACCCGUUUAAAUGUGUAUAUGUAUAUUAUAUAAACACGGGAACUUGACCACGCCCUCGGCUCUACGAUAAUAAUAAUUGUCAAUGGCCAUGUCAACGCACCCAAAUCGCAUUGCGAAAUUACAGAACUCGUUACCCGCCUGUGCCGUAAAGUAAUAAUAAUGGUAAAUGCGUAAUUACGACGCAAAGCCGGAAUACAAUGCGCAUUUAGAAACCCUAAACCGCCCGCGUAUAUCGCCGGCCCUUGUGCGCGCCGACCGACUCCGCGUCGCCGUCGUCGUAUUAUUGGAUUUUCCGGAAAAUGCUAAAAGCCGUGCGCGUGCACGUAGUGAAAACCGUCAACACGAAUAAGUGUCCCGUUGCAGGCACUCUCGAGAGGCCCGUCGUACAGGAAAAAAAAACCGAGGGGAUAAUAAUAUUGUGUGAGUAUAUAUAUAAAUAUAUAUGUAGAAAGAAAUAUCGUACGUGUUCGCCAUACGUCAAUAUUUAUCAUUACCGAAUCGACGACAUAUACCUACCUACUACCUAACCUAACCUACCCACUACCUGUACUACUUACCUACCAACACCAACAGUAUUAUUUCGUAUGCAAGCAAGCGACCAGCGCGAUUUUUGCCAUCCACGAAUAUUAUUGUAUCGAACGGUUUUAGAUUCAAAGCGUACCAAGGAGAAUGUAUUGAAUAUGUUUUUUUUUUUCUUGGACCUGAGAAUUGAUUUUCUACCAAAAACCGCGCUCUGGUGGUUUUUGUUUUUUUAAUAUUUGGGCAAACAGGGAAAUUCACGUAAUUUUCGAUUUUAUUUUUGCGAUUAUUGUUUUGUUAGAAGUAAUGUUCAAGACCUGAAAUAUUCACAGAAUACUCAGCCCGUUCUAAACGUUGUCUAAAUAUUCUGUCAAUUUUUGAGCUAUAAUUAUAGCCAAUUAAUAUGUUCGAGUUUUCCUUUUUCGUUUCAUUUAGUCGUGUAUAGAUAAAAUUAUUUUGACCCGAUUAGAAUGUUCGAGUGGGUUCACCGUAAGUUGUAAAUGGCGUAAAACAAAAAAAAAUUGAGUUAAAUAUAAUCAAAUUUUGUUUCACUAAAAUUGUACGAGUACACGUCCGACUUAAACAUCAUGGUCUCCCCUCCACCGUGUCCAACCUUUUACCAAACAGGAGUUACCCCGGACAUAUUAGAUAUUGCACUAAUCUCAAACUUCCAUACAAACUUAUACCACAAAGUGUUAAAUGAGCUCGACUCUGAUCAUGUCCCGGUAGUGACAACCCUAAGAAUACAAGCUGAAACUAACCCCCCCCUGUACCAAAACUAAUAAAUCAGCCAAUAAAAUGGGAAAUCUUUAAAGAAAAUAUAAAUAAAAUAUUAAAACCAAACAGAAAGUACUCAAAUACAAAUGAUAUAAACUCGGGCAUAAUACACCUUACAGAAUCCAUCAAAUCAGCGAUAGACUUAGCACUAGCCCCACCAAAUUACAAAAAAUCUCAUAAUUAUAACAUGCCAAUACCAUCCCACAUACAAAACCCAAUCAAAGAAAAACAUAAGGCACGAAGAAUCUGGCAAACACACCGGUCACCAGCAGUCAAAAAACGUUUAAAUCAACUAACAAGAAGAGUAAAAUGGGAACUGGAUAAUCUAAGAUAUAAUUCUUACAAAGCAUACGUAUCNCACUAAACAGCGUGAAACAAUUCCCCCUUUAAAAAACGGAUUAGCUAAGUACGAAACUAACAUUGAAAAAUGUGAAAUCUUUGCCCAACAUUUUGAAAGCUGUUUUACAACUGAUGAAAACCAUACAAACCAAAAUGAAGUAGUAAACCUUGAACAAAGAAACAUAGAAAAUCAACCAAUAGUCAAUCCCAUUAGCCUAUGUACCCCUAAAGAAAUACAGAUAAUAAUAAAUAAACUAGCUAAUAAAAAAAGCCCGGGACAUGAUCUAAUAACAAACAAAAUACUCUAAAAUCUCACGUCAAAAUCUUUAUCAUACAUAGCUAGCCUUAUGAACUCCUUCAUGAGACUAUGCUAUUUUCCCGACUCAUGGAAAAUUGCAAUCAUUAUCCCUAUACAUAAACCAGGAAAACAAAAUAGUUCACCCAAAAGUUACAGACCCAUAAGUCUACUCCCAACUUUCUCAAAACUUCUUGAAAGAAUUCUACUGCACAGAAUUAAACCGUUCCUAAAAAUUAUACCACUACAUCAAUUUGGUUUCAAACCAUUUCAUUCGACAACCCAUCAGUUACAACGGAUCUCUGAAAUCAUAGUAAACGGUUACGAAAAUAAAAAAUUUACCACGACGGCCUUUUUAGACAUAUCGCAGGCCUUCGAUAAGGUUUGGCACCAUGGACUUAUUUUAAAAAUAAAAACCCUAAACCUACCUUUAUACCUUAACAAUACACUCUUGUCAUUUAUAGCAAAUCGCAAAUUUCAUGUCAGAAUAGGAAAUGAUAUAUCAUAAAUACAUAAUGUUAAGGCUGAAGUUCCACAGGGAUCUGUGCUAGGACCAUCUCUAUUCAAUAUCUACUGUCAUGAUAUACCAACACCGCAACAUUGCCAUCUAGCAAUUCAAUGUUCGCAGAUGACACUGCAAUAAUAACGCAAAACCAAACUCUUGAAUCUUCAAUAAGAGACCUACAAAGCUCCCUAGAUGAGCUAUCCCUCUGGUUCUCAAAAUGGAAACUAAUACUAAACCCAACCAAAAGCGAAGCAAAAAUAUUUACACUCAGAAAAUACAUAAAUCUAACCCUACUUCAAAUUAACAAUAAAGAAAUCAACUGGAAUAACAAAGACGACACAGUAAAAUAUUUGGGCUUGCACCUUGACAAAAAACUAAGCUGGAAAAUACAUAUCAACAAAAAAUUAAACCAAGGAUACACUAGGCUACGAAUACUGUACCCCCUAUUAAAUCAUAGCUCUACCAUACAAAUGAAAUGCUCUCUACUCCUUUACACAGCAAUAAUAAGACCUUUAGUAACCUAUGCAUGCCCAGUAUGGGCAUCUGCUUCCAAAACAAAAAUUAAAAAAUUACAAACCCUCCAAAACAAAUUCCUAAGAAUAGCCCUAAAGGCCCCUUGGUUCAUGAGAAAUAAACAAUUGCACAACGAUACAGGCAUACCACACCUAUCUACCUGGAUAACACAACAAUUUAAAAAUUUCCACGAAAAACUCCACAAAGUUGACGGAGCCCGUCACUACAUUAUCGGCAAGAGAUCCACAAAUCUAAGACUCAAACCUCGGCUACCUCAGGACAUCCUACUAGAUCCCAAUGAAGACACCUCAACCUCAGACUCUGACCUAGACUAACCUAACCAAAUCUAUUAUACAUCACAUAAUUAUAUAAUAAUAAAAACAUUGUAAAAAUACUUAGUGUAUUGACACAAUUAUAUUAAUAAAUAAAAAAAAAAAUUUUGUUUCAUACAUGUUUUAAGAGGUCUAUAAUACACCUUCGUAUUUUCCGUAAAAAUAAUUAAUUUUAAAUUCAGAACUCCAAAACGAGUAAUCUGACAGUAAUUUUUCAAUACUUACUUAAUACAUCGACCGAAGAAAAUUUUUAAAAACCUUAAAAACAUAACGCUUUCAACAAAUAAUUAAUUAAUCAAAAAUAAUUUUAAAAUAAUUGUACCAUUGCAUUGUAAAUGAAAAAAAAAAGAUGUAUUAACGUAUUACCUACCAUAUAUUUUUAGAUUCGGAGCAUAGCAAGGGUGGCAAAAAAUGCCAGCCAUAUUUGCGCUAUUGUCAUUGUCAUAUUGCGCCAUUGUCGCUAUCACUGUCCUCUACAAUCCAUUAUAUCAAGUCCAUUAUUUCUUAUAGUAUUUAAUAUUUCGUUAGAAAGCCCUGAUCCUAAUUUUCGUUUUUACAUGUAAAAUCAAUAAAUGAUUCUUUGCUCAUAAUUUCUUCAUUAGAAAUGUCGACAUACCUGAUUAUUUGUGAAAUUUGUUCCUGGUGAGAUUUAUCGGGAGUAUAAUCAAAAAGAAUUGAGAAGUAUUUUGAUUUAUUUGAUUUGAACUUUAAGAAAACAAAACAAUUUUUCUUUUUCAUUUUUGAUAGAAUUUUAAAUUUCAUAAUCAGAAGGGUUUAAAUGUUUCUAAUCUUGAAGUCCAUUAUUGGAAAAUGCGGAUUUCCUGAUGUCAUUAUUUGCAAAACAGAGUCAUGCAAAAUAAAAAAUUGCAUUUUUUGAUGAACUGUAUAACAGCUACUGUCUUCGAACUUUUUCCUCGUUAUUUAAAAAUGUAUAGAACCAUUCACCGUGGAAAUGUCUGCCGUCAUCAUAAUUUACUGAAAAAUAAUUAUUUUGCUCCAUAAGAUAUGGAGCAAAAUUUUUUUUCCACCAAUCUAAGUCAUAGUCGUUCAACAUCCAGAAUCAUUAAAAUUUAUGUAAAGUUUAUUAUUUUCUUGGCUAGUUAUAGGUUCAUUGUUAUCAUUAUUUUGUGUACUAUAUUCAAUUAAAUUAUAAUAAUCAUCAAUUAUAUUUUUAAUUUCAAUACUUUUAAAAUUUUCAUUUAAAUGUUUAUUCAUUUAAAUCUUUUUCACCACUGUGUGAAUUAAUAAACUAGUCGACAGUGAAUUGUCUUUUUUUUUUGUUCAGUAUUAUCAUAUUUUUUUAUUUAUCCAGCUACUUAACAUUCACUCUUUCUUGCCUUUUUCCCUCAAACCAAGCCCCAGAAGAUUUUUUUUCUGUGGGAGACAUAUUUAAUAGGUGACCUAAUGUUAAAAUAUAAAAUAAUACAAACUGUCAAUACAACAAUACUCAACUGAUAAAAUUAAAUAAAUAAAUACUUUGUUAGUUUUAUAUUUUUUUUUUAAACUCAAGAACUUAACUAUUAGUUUGUAAUUUUGUAUAUUUGUUUUUCCAAUUAAAUCAAUAAAAUAUGUAAUUAUAUUUAUGUUCUUAAACUUAAAGUAUGCAAAUUUGUGCAUAAAUAAUAAGAAAAUAAAAUCUAAUGGGAAAAUGAAAAAAUAUUAAUGCUAAUAAUUUUUCAUAAUCAUUAAAUUUUAAAUAAAUUCUAUUAGAUAUUAGAAUAUUUACCUUAUUCUAUUUUAGACUACUGUUUCAGGGCGCAUAUUAGGUAUACCUACGCGUAGUCAAUCUAAUGUGGAUAUUAAAAUAAACAGAAUAAUCGUAAUUGUAAUAUAAUAAUAAUACGAUUGUUUAUAUUAUAGUGUAUGUGUAUAGUUUAUUUUAGUCUUUGGAAAUAUUAUUUUGGUUGAUUUAAAACUGAUUACCAUUUCACAUACACAUUUUAUCAUAGUUGUUUUGUUUUUAUUAUUGUUGGCCACGGGAUACGCUUUCAUAUUUCUUGAGGUUUAUAAUAAAUGUAGAAAUAUAUACAUUAUUAUAAAUAAAAUAUAUUCCCUUUACGAUAUCAUUCAGUACCUACCUGUUAUCGUUGAUCGUUGCGAAUAAAAAUUAAUCUCAAUAAUAAAUUUGUUGUUUAAUCAUAAAAAUAUAAGUUUAAUUUUAUAACACAAUUAACACAGUGUUAAUCAACUUGCAUCUAAUAAGUAAAAAUAAGUAAAAAUAAAUUAUUAACUGGGGUGUAAUAUAGGGUGACCAUAUAUAGUAAAAUAAAGAACAGGACAAAUAUAAAAACCAUAAUAUUCAUAAUAUUUAAAUAUAAUUUUUAAUAACAAUACAACAAUACAUUAAAUUAAAUACAUAAAAUCUUUAACUGACUUUGUAUAAAAAUAAACUAUGCAAUGGAUACAGGAUUAUUAAAGAAAGUUCUUAAAACUUUAGGACAAUUUUCUUGUAAUAUUAAAUAUGAUUUCAAUGCAUGAUAUAUAUAUCUAUUAUUCUAGAAACGGCUAGCUGUAGGGAUAACCAACGCAUUUGUAUAGAUCUUAACAUAUUUUUGUACUCAAUGUUAACAAAAUUGUAAAAAUCUUUGAAUUUUUCUAUACGAACUUUUAUAAAAUAAUAAAUUUCCAAAGUUAUAAAUUAACAGUAUUUAAGGUAUUAAAACGAGACAGACUUGAAAAUACGGGAUAAAAAUCGUCCUGAAAGAUGUUUGUCAGGACAACGGGACAUAAAGCUGAAAUAAAGGACAAUCCUGUAUAAAAUAGGACGUAUGGUCACCCUAGUGUAAUACGUUUAAUAUAAAAAAUAUUUUUUUUUUAUAUUAGAGUUGUAUAUCAACUUAAAUGUUUUGAAAACUGAAAUUAUGGUAUUAAAUAUAUUGUUCUUCGACCAAGUAAAAAAUUAGAGAUUGACUUCAAUGAACUAAAAAAAGCUGUUUAAUCUGAAAUUGACCAUACUUUACUUACGUUGUUGAAAGUGACUCUAACCAUUCCUAUUAGUUCAGCUACGUGUGAGCGUUUUUUUCCACUAUGAGAAGAAUUAAAAAUUGGCUGUGUACAUCGAUGGACCAGUAGCGAUUUCCAAAUUGACAAUAAUAAAUAUUGAAAGAGAAAAAUAAAAUCAUAAAAUAAAUUAAUACAUUUAUUACUACGUUGUUGAUAACAUAUUUAUAAAUCACACCCUCUCUUGAAAUGAAAAGUAUGACAUCAAAAAUAUAGAACAUUAUUAUGUAACUUAGCUAAUAAACAUUAUUAUUUACAAAUUACAUUUCGAUUGAACUGAUUGCAAUUGAUAGGUAAUUAAUUUUUAUUAAAUUUACUUAAGUGCAACGUGUGACGGUAGAAUAUGAUAAAUAAUAUAUUGAUGUUACGGAUUCAUUUUGAAAUAUGCGGAUGAAGAAUAUUAUAAAAUAUUACAUGAAUCCAGGAAUAGGAAUAUUUAUCUUUUAUUAUAUCGUUUUACAUUUUUAGAAUAAUUCUAAAAUACCGUAUGCAAUAUUUCGGAUGCAAAGAGAGUAAAUAAUAAGAAUUUGAGCAGACAGCUUUUUUUUCUAUGCAUUGUAAGGAAUGCAUUCCGCUUACGUCGAUAUUAUUAUAUUGUCUUUACUACCGGCUCUAUUCAGUUAUUUUUCUCCCCUUGUGGAAUUUUCAAAAACGUCUACAAUGCACCAGUAGUACGGUUCCCACCGUGUCAAACAAUAAAUACAUUCGUUCGAUCUUAUAAAUUAUUCCUGCUUAGAGUAUGUGCUUGUAGAAAAGUUAAUAUUUAUUUCUUCAAACUAUAUCAUUCCGAAUAAACGAUUGUUAUUUUUCUCUUUAUUUUUUGCCUGCUUCGAAUUAACAAAAUGUUUUUUUAAAAAAAAAAAUUAAAAAACAAACAUAUUGAACAGAAUUAAUUUUUUUAUUAUAAAUAAUUUUUCAAACCGGAUUUUGUUAUAAAUUAAUUAUACAUUUUUUUUUUGUUUGUUUUAUUAAAGUUCGGCAUUUUGGUAUUUAAUUUGAAAUAGAAUUUUUUUUAAUUUCUCUAUAGGACUUCAAAUACAUUCAUAGGAAUACUUAUUUAUUUAACUGUAAGCCAAAAUAUCCUGCUAUAAGUCUUUUUUUAUCAUAACAUAAUCAGCAUAAUCUGGGUUUUUAGUUUUAAUUCCCAUAGAAAAAAACAAAUUAUUAAUCUUAUUUACAUAAUUUAUUGUCAAUUUUAUUUUUAAACUUGUUGCAGCAAGAAAAAUUACUAUAAAGGCAAGACAAUUAUUCAAGCUUGAUAUGUAUAAACAUUCACAAGUAAAAUUAAGUUAUUAUUAAGUUAUUAACUCUAUAAUAAAGUAAGAUUUUUGUUUUCUUAGUUCAACUGUACGUCUCACAUUUUGUGUUGGGUUUUUAAUAUUAUUUCCAUUGUCAAAAUUUUAACUAACUUAUUUUUUAAUAUUGCUCGAAACUUCUAUACACCUAGUAUUUACUGCAGCACCCUCGGCAUUUUUCUGAAUUCCAUUGAAAAAUGUAUUUAAAUUAAAAUCAAUUAUCACUGUUUAUUUUGAUUUAUAAAACUAUCACAUCCUAAUCUUGACCAUCAUUAAUGUCUAAAGGAUUAUCUUGUAUUUUAGUUUUUUUUUUAAAUUCGUGUUUGUUUAAUUUGUGUUUGAGACAAGGGUUUUAAACAGUAUUUAAUAUUUUGUUGUCUAUCUUUUGUCAUCCACAAUUCUCCCACAUAACGCUACAUGAUGUUUAAGUGCUUCCAAACAGUGUUUUGUACAAUUUUAUCCUUCUUUUAAGCGUACAGCAAUUUUGACAACAAAACUACAACCAUUUGAUUUUGUUUAAAUUGCAUAUAAUUUAUGUAUAGGACCUUUUGGAAUAUUUUAAAGAUCAUAAUUUAUUAACAUUGUUCUUGUUUAUAAAUUUGGUAUAGACUUUUUAUAAAUUUCUUUUUAUAAUAAGUAUGUUAUUUUGGUCAAAAAAGGGGACUUUCAUAGUUCUUUAGGUGAGACUUUAUGUUCAUAUUUCUUUUUUUCUUCACUGUUUAUAAAUAUUGAUAGUACUAUUAAAAUUUUAAACGACAUUUUUUCUGUCUGUUUUUAUUUGUGCUCAUAAGCUAUCAUAAACCAAAACAAGUCGUUCUAUAACUAGAAGAGAUAUAUAAUUACCGAUUUUGAUGUAUGUUACAUGUUCAUGGUCACUUGUAAUGACAGUCAAAUGAAAUGUUGCCUAUUAUUUUGUUUAUACUGUUUUUCCAAUAUAUUACAUUUACAUAAUGUCUCCAUUUUUCUACAUAAUUUUUUUUGUUUCUCGAAUAGCCUUUACUGAACUCAUGCUUAUAUAUAGAUAUUUUUAUUUUGUCAUUUUUUUUUUGUUGAUUUUUGAUCUGUUUAAAUUAAAUAACGAUUUAUUGUAUUAUCAAGCUUUAAAUGAUUUACAUUUAAUUAAAAUAAUAUUAAAGAAAAUAAAACGUAUUAAAUUUUUUAUUAUAAAAUGACAUAUAUACAUUAUUGUUAUUUACGGGUGUACAUUAAAUUCAAAAAAAUAAUUUACCAUCACACCUACGAUAUACCUUCGUAUAUUUCGUCGUUUUUGAUUUUUCUUAUUAUUAAGAAAUAUACUUGGAAUAUUGAAAAUCACUCACACAGUCUGUUGCAAAAUAAUAUAAGUAACAAUAGUUUCAGUUUUAGCAAUAUAUUUAAUAGAAAUACAAAACAUCAACAUCGUGUAAACGUAAUGAAAUAAAUUAAAACAGUAACUUCUUGUUGAGCUAUAAAUACAUGCUAUUUUAUCUAUAGUUUUCUGUUUGGUUUUUCCCAAUUAUUUCGAAAACCUUUUGAAAAACUCAAUACGUUAAUCCAAAAAAAAAAAAAAAAUCACACAAAUAGUUAAGCCAAUUAACUUCGAAUUUACUACUGCACGUACAGUAGUAGAGUAGCUUUAUUAUAUAAUAAUUACGCUUAUUAUCAUUAUAAUUAUAUACUUGUAUAUAUAGGUACUUAAAAGUGGGACCGAAACCAUAUUUUCGUAAUAAUGAAAUAUUUUUCUUUUAUGCUUUGACAAACUCUUCGGUAUUUAGAGAAUUUUCACAAAGUCGUGACAAAAAUGUAUAAUACUUACUUCGUAAAUAAAAUAUAUUUCGCUUUUCUUAUAUAGAACGGUAUUGUUAUCGACCAACAAUCAUUUUCCAAAGACUUUCAGAACGUCUUUUAUCGUUUACUUUACUUUUUUAUUUGUUAAGUACAUCGGCCAAAUUAAAUCUAGAAUAUGCAGUAGUCUUUAUCUUUAUAUUGUUCUGUUGUUCACGAUGUCGUUUUUUUCUGCAAUUUGUACAAGUAGGCUCAUACUUCUCGAUCGUCCCAACACAAUAUCGUCGGAUAUAAUAGACGAUUAUUAAUAUUUACGUCGAUAAAAUAUUGAAUUUUUUACCGUGGCAAUAAUAAACGUAUUCUUUUAAAAUGAUUAAUUAAUUAAAAGAAAAAAUAAUUUACGCUGGACUUGUGAAAUAAUAAGUAGGUACUCAAGGGUUUUUUUAUGAAAUUUUCCGGGAUACAAAUGAAUUGCAACUUGAAAAUAACGUUUGAUAAAAUUGUGCGUUGCAGUAAUUUUAUUUGUCAUAGUAUUGUUAAAAUACUAGUAUUAUUAUUAUAAUUUAAUUUAACACUGCCAAAAUAUUUAUCACAUACCUUUUUGAAGUAAAUUAUUUAUGUAUUCGUAUUUAUAAAUUAGCAAAUUAAUACCGGGACAAUAGUUGUUCUGGAAACAUUUUUGUACAUUUUAAAGAAACUACACAUCUAAAUAUAAUUUUGUAGUUUUACAAUAAUGCUGAAACAUGUUAAAAACCUAGACAGAAGAGUGAAAAACUGAGAAAGCUACAACUGAAGAUGUUGAAAUGUAGCACAGGAAAAGAACUUAAAGAUAAUCUCAUAGACAGAAAGAGUAAGGAAUACGGAGUUUCUUCGUCAGAUAGAUACGUAAAAGUCAAUAAAGAACACAUGAUUGAAGUACGAAAAAUAAGAAAGAAAUUAAUUGGAUUGACAGGAUCGGAAAUACAGGAUACCGUUCAUGAGCAAGUGAUUAAAACCACCAGAGUAAAUGUAUAGUAUGCAGAGCUUAAACAAAAGAACUAUAAAUGAUAGGAAUAGAUAUCGAAAAACAUCAAUCAUUAAUAAAUCAUUAACCAAUAAUUCUAAAAUUGCAAAAAAGAAAAAAGUACAAUGUACUUUAAAGUAAACAUUUUUAAUAUAUUUAACAUUAGAUCCCCUUUAAAAUUAUAAAAGACGAACACAUGUCAUAUAGUAUAGUAUCGUGUAUCGAUUUUUAGUUUUCAUAAAAUUACUAUAGAUUAUUUUUGUUCUGUAUAUAGGCACCGGGUACUAUACUAUCAAUAACUUUGCGAAAACUUAAAAACAAGUAUGAAUUACUCAACUUAGGAAAAUGUCUACAGUAUUCAAUUGUAGACAUUUUCCUUUACGUUUAAUACGAUUAUAGUAUCAAUGUAUAAUUUAAAAGUUUGUUUGGAGUAUGCACAAAAAUUUAAUAAGUUGAAUAUCAAACGGCGGAAAAUUUUGUUGAAAUAGUUCUGAAAUAAAAACUGAAAAGAUUAUUCAAAAGUAAAAUAAAAUGUGUCUGUAAAGUUAUAUUUUUUGAAAUGAAAAAGUACUCAAAAAUGUGAAACCGUUGUUAUUUCUCUGAAAUGUAUAUUAAUAAGGUUCUUCUACAUGGAUUAUAUUAAAUGUCGAAACGGAAAUUUAUGAAAAAUAUUCGUAAAACUUUUUCUUUGAUAUCAUAUAGUAAUAGUAAUACAAUUUAGAUACCUAACUGACUGUUGUGCUUUUUAUAUUCAUCUACGGAAACAAACAAAUUUCUAACGAAAAGAUAUUAUAUUUGAAAUUGCGUGUGGAAUAUUUUUUUACAUGGCUACACAUUUUUUUUAUGAGUAUAAUACUCGUUUAGAUAUUUUAGCAAAUAAAUUGAAAUCCAUGUGGGUUUCCCUCUAAAUAUAUUUAUAGGAGACUGAGCAAUUUGUAUAUACUUGAUUAUUUUUAUUUAAUUUUUAAUUUUAUGAAAAUGGAGAAAAUUGUACUGAAAUGUGUUUGAUAUAUCUUUACCUCCCUACUUUUAGAUAUCUGGUUUAAGUUACCGACUACAUCCCUUAUUUAUUCAAACAUUUUUUAAAAUAACUAUUUAAAAAUCAAUUUAUUAAUAAAAUUAAUGACUGGUUGAAGACAGAAAGUGUAAUUUAUUAUAAAAAAAACCUCUAUUAUUGUGUUCAUAGGAUUUCUCAAUGAAUACAUUAAGAGCAGUUCACACGUAGCAUGUCAAUUUUUGAAGUAAACAGCAUUUGUAUACAAUGAUGUUUCCCGGUGAGCUUAACACGAAUUCCAGGGCGAAUCAUCCGCCCGUGCCAGUCUUCCCAUUAAGAUCGACUGGACUGAGCUCUCAAUACUCGCCAUAUUCAACUUCUCGGUUUCAAGAAAUACAACAGAAAUGCAGUUUGAAAUGUUCGUGGAAAUGCAGUUUUUUACUGUUGGUGUUCGUCACCAUGCUCAUCACUAUGGUCUUUGUCUAUUUAAUGGGUUAGUUUGCGUACUAAUAUUAUAGAAUAUAAAGUUAUUCAAAUUUUAUAAUACAUACUAGUUUGCCAUGAAAUACAUAUUUAUUUUUUUUUAAUACUUAUGUAAAAACAUUUUGAAAUCAUAUUCUAAUUAACAAAUUAGAAUUAUACUUAUUUUUGUCACCGAAAAUUCCAUUUGUACUAAUAUUAUUUAUAGAAUUUUUAAUAUAGUUUACGAUUUAAAAAUUAAUUUUAAGCACCUAGUUGUUUUAUUCCAAAAAAAAAGAACAUUAUACAAUUUUAAAAUAUAUGAUUCCAAUUUUUUUUUACUAAAGUAAUUUUUUUCAAAAUAAAUAUGUCAUAGACAAUUUGAGUGUAUCAUACAAUUUGAAUGAACUUGUAAAUAGAUAGAUCAUAUUAUAAAUUAAAUUAUGAUAGAUUAUUGAAGAAAAAACAAAUAUAUAUAUAUAUAUAUAUAUAUAUUACAUAUUGUAUUUUACUUUUUGAAAUAUAGCUAUGAAGAAACCUUGCACAGAGACCAGAGAAAAAUGCGUUAUUAUGGAAAAGACAAGCGCCAUUGAAUUAGAUUCAGAAAACCCUGCACUGAAACUGACCACUGAAGGUAUGAAUUUUACACGUUGAAUAAUAAGUAUUGUAUAGUAUCUAAAGCCAGAUCUAUACGAUGAGAAAGAUGUAACGAUAAUAAGUGCCACGAUCUAAGGCGUCAGUGUGUUGCUCACAUGUAUAUUUUAGAGCCACUAUAUAAUCGAUUUUGUAAUCUAAUAGCAAAAAUUAGUGCUAUAGAUGGCACAUAGACUAUAUUAAAAAGAAAUCUUAGCUAACAUAAUUUUUAAAAAUACAUUUUGUUUAAUUUUUUUUUUUAAAAAAACUACCAUAUUACAUUGUGUAACAAACAUUUCUCUAUGUCUUCUUUGAUCUUAUCUUCCCAGCGUAACCUCGGCCUUCCAAGUGGUCGUUUUCCUUUCGGUGCAUCGCAUCGACCUAAAACCAAUGCCAAUAUUUUAAAAAUGAAUAGCAAACAAUUGAAAAAACGGUCUUUAAAAAGUAUGCAAAUCAUACGAAAACCUGCAUACAUAAUUUGUAGUUUUAGGUAGACUAAUCCCCAUUAAGUUGGCCGAUCGACUUCAAAUAGACAUUAAAAUUACAUUUUUUAUUACAAGUUACUAUUGAAAACUUUUUAUGACCCUCAUAUUCGUUUGUUUUAGCGCCACCAUCUAGUACUACUACCGCUGCAAACCCAUUACGAGAUAAACUCUCCGGUGAUGUAACGCUGGAUGAUCAAAACGAUAUGCACCGGCAACACACCAGGUACCAAUGGCCUUCGGUUUUAGAGAUUACCAGUUUCAGUACGCCGUACAGUUCUAAUGUGUACCCGUAUCACUUUUGGAACUUGGAGUUUCACAAUAAACAACCGGUAUUUAUGCGACUCAACCUGACGUUGCCGUGGGGAGCCAACUUUGCGGUGUACGGUCGACGAAAUGUGGCCCCCAGCAUAACGCAACACGACUUUUCUGAGUUUAUCAAGGGUGGAAGAUUGGACAAUAGGCUGAGUCGUCGGUCAACUGACAUUAUAGAAAAAGACCCCAUGGUUGUAAAUGUAACUCUGAUACAAUACUUGGACACGGGUCGAUGGUUUUUAUCUGUUUACAACGACGAUCUCCGGCCACAAACAGUAGUACUCAGAAUUUCGGAAGCCGAAGAUGUUUCGACUACCUGUCCAAAUGAAUGUUCCGGACACGGAUCCUGUUAUCUAGGCAAGUGCGACUGCAUCGAUGGAUAUCAAGGGAACGAUUGUUCUAAAAGUAAAACACUUCUAAUUUUCGGACUUUUAUACUUUAGGUAUUCGAGUAGAACUAAUUUGUUAAAUAUUUGUAUUAUGUUUUAUUAUAAAGGUGUUUGUCCGAUGCUGUGUUCUAAUCACGGAAAGUAUGGUGGAGGUCUCUGCCAUUGUGAAGAAGGUUGGAAAGGUACCGAAUGCGACAUACCGGAAUCGGAUUGUAGAGUGGCCGACUGUUCGGGACACGGUAUUUGUAAAACUGGCAUAUGCCAAUGUCAACAAGGAUGGAAAGGAGAUGAUUGCAACGAAAGUACAAAAUUUAAAUUCCAAUAAAUAUUAAAAACAUUUAAACAAAAAGUCACGCCGUGUCGUAAUUAUAAUAUGCAAUUGUGUGUUUUAGUGGACUGUAUGGAUAAAAGCUGUUCCAGUCACGGUAUUUGUGUAUCCGGUAAAUGUUAUUGCAAAGCCGGAUGGCAGGGCGAAGAUUGUUCACUGAUGAAUAAGCAAGUAUUCCAGUGCCUACCCCGGUGUUCGGAUCACGGUACAUACGAUCUGGAAACGGGAGUUUGCGUUUGCAAUAAAUUUUGGACGGGACCAGAUUGUUCUCAAGGUUUUAUAAUACCCAUACGAUAUCUAAUUUCAAACCGUUGAUAACACAUAUUGAUGGUUGUUGUUUUUAUAGCUUUGUGUAACUUGGACUGCGGUUUGCACGGAAAAUGCGAUCAAGGUAAAUGCGAAUGCGACGUUGGAUGGACAGGCGAUAAAUGCGAUCAACUCCCUUGUGACGUAAGAUGUUUCGAGCACGGACAAUGUCGAAAUGGUACUUGCGUGUGUACCAGAGGAUGGAACGGCAAACAUUGUACUUUUCGUGAGUCAUUACAAACAUAAUUUAUCUGAUUAUCGACCGUUUUAUACUGCUGUAAAGGACAAUAUUAUUUUAUUGCACGCGUGGUGUGUGUUAUCGUUGUACAUAAUUAUCAAUAAUAAAAUAAUAAAGUAAAAAGAAAAUUACUAAAAUGGUUAAUACUCGUAAAUAAAUUUAGUAAACAAAUAUAUCAAUCGAAAAUAGAUACAAUUAGCUUUGAUGCUAAUAUAGACUUAGAGAUAUUAAGUGCCAAAAUAACAUUUUAAUAUAUUCAGUUUUAGAAGAAUUACAUAUAUACAAUGAUAUAAAGAAAAUAAUUUUAAAAAUAUUUUAAAUGUACAAACCUGUUUUAAAAAUAAUAUCUUAUAUGAAUAAAUUUUAGAUUAUAAAUAACUAAAUAAUUUAUAUUUCUUAACAUAUCUAUGUCUAAUAAUAACCCAUUUUAAUUAAUCUCUCUUAUUAAAAUAAAUUAAAUUUCUAUGUAAAAUGACCAAUUUGUAUAAUUUUUUUCUUAGUAUUCUUAGUAUUUCAUUCAAUUUCUUAUAUUCAUCCCCAUUUUACAUUUGUACUGUGAUAUACUUGAUAAUGAAUUUUUAAUUCGAAACCUAUCGUAUAAUACACUUAUCUUAAUACUCCAGGCGACGCAUUCAUUCAUUUAUUUAUUUUUUAUUUCUAUAUUUAUUUACUACAUGUACAUAAUUGUUUUGUCUUUCCGCAGAGGGUUGUGAAAAUGGUUGCGGAAAUCACGGGAAUUGUGUCUUGACCAACAACAUGUACAAUUGCAUGUGUCACGAUGGAUGGGAGGGAGUAAGCUGUUCGGUUCGCCUAGAAAUGGAAUGUAACGACGAGAUCGAUAACGAUGGAGGUAGGCAUCGUAAUCUCAGAUCAUACCUACAUAUUGAAAUGGGCGUCCUUGAAUAUGAUUGAACCCAGUCGUGAAAGACUUUAGGGUUGGAUUGGGAAUUAGGUUCCUUUUUAUAUUUUUGGUGAUGUAUCGGUACUGUUUUUCCCUCCUCCUCAGAUUGUCUGCUUAAUGUCACGAUCUCAUUAAAAAGACUAAAUUAGUCGCGGUUAAAAAUGUUUCACACUGUUUAGAUGGUAUGACCGAUUGUUCGGAUAGCGAAUGCUGUAAUUCACCGGCUUGUGCCGAACACAUAAUGUGUUUAGCGUCCAACGAUCCUCUUGAUGUGCUAUUGAGGAAACAACCACCGUCGGUAACCGCUUCGUUUUAUCAGAGAGUGAAAUUUUUGGUAGAAGAACACAGCGUCCAAAGCUAUGCACAUUUGGACGAGUAUAGCGAAAGGUAAGUGUUUGGUUACGUCAAUAAUAUUAUAAUACAUCUAUACAUAUUAUACUAAAAUAUACAUUACCGGUGUUUCUUUUAUCGUUGAAGGUUCAUUAUUUCACAAAGUAUUGACUUUUUUAAAAACAAAUUUUUUUGACAAUUUAAGGAACAAACAAUUUUAAAAUGUUACAUUUCCAUUAGUUUUGACACCCUUAUUUUUGUGGGGGUGAAACAGUUACGAACCUUUACUUUUAAAUUAGUAACCUACAUUGGGACUCAUAAUUAGAUUGAGUAUUAGUUUACAUACAUUUUGGUGUUAACAUUUUUGAUUUCCGUCUACCCGUUCACGACAUAUUUCAGUUUUAAGUUUAUAUCGGGAAAGUAGCAGAGUAACAUUUUUGUGGCGGCACAUUUGAUUAUUAUUCCACCACUAUACUCCUGCCUAAACUUAAAAGUGGAAUAUCUUUGAAUGCGUUGACGAAAAUCAAAAAAUAUCUCCUCCAAAAUUAAUAUUUUAUCCAUUUUAACUUUUAAUGUAGGUUACUGUUUGAAAAACAAAAGUUGAUAUCUGUUCAUCCCGAAAAAUAAGGAUGAUAAAAAAUAAUGGUAAUGUAAAAUUUAAGAGCUGAUUGUUUCUUAAAUUGAAAAAAAUGUUAAUUGAAAAAAGUCAAUACUUUACGAAAUAAUGAGUACUCAACGAUAAAAUAAUCAUUAUGUUUAUAAUAUUAUACAUAAUAUAAUAUAUUUUAAUCACUCCGUUAGAAAAGCGCAAAACUAUUCACAUGGCAAAUAUUAUAAAGUUGUUUAAAUUUAUAAAAUGAUCUAGGUUUGCCUACUUAAUGAUCACCGUCAAAUGCCCGGGCAUCGAUAAAUACUAUCCUGAUGCCAAUGUUCAGAUUUUCAGAUUCACCCUGUAUAUAUGUAAAAUUAUAAAAUUUAUAGAAAUUGCGAAUUUAAUGUUUUAAUUAACAUUCUUGUUUGAUUCGUAUAAACAUUUUAUUUUUAAAUUCUGGAUUUAAAAACUGUGGGACGUUAGUUAAAAACAUAAAUAAACCGUGAAUUCUCUACAUUUUCGAUACACGUGUAAUGUAGGUAUUUAAAAUAUGUACGGUGGUAUUAAUAACCAGUAACAAUUUAGAAAUAUUUGAACAUUAGCGUACAUAUUAUAAUAUUGCUCGUUUCAGUAAAAAAUGUAAGCACUACUAACUGCUGAAGAAGUUAAUCAUUAUAAAACUUUAUAAUUCAGUAAAUUUGUACAGGCACUAGUGUACUUCAUUUAGCAUAUCAGUUCCGUGUUUGAAAUGACCGUGGCAAAAGAAAAACCAAUAUUAUGUUUAGGUGUAUGGGACUAAAAUGGGUUUUUACCAUGGUUUUUUUUUUAUUUUUUAUUUUAUCGUUAUUUUACUUGUUUUACUUUUUUUUCUUUUUUUUUUUCAACACUGUGUUGUGUGUGUUAACGCUUUUAUUACAUAGAUAUGUCAAAAUUCCAUUGUGUACGUCUCGAAAAAAAAAUACUUGUGACUCAUUUCUUAUACUUUAUAUAUUUUGUAAUACGUAGCUGCCUGUGUAGUACCCUUUUUCUAAAUACAAAAUGUUGUUCCAAAAGGCUUGGCUUUCGGCAAAAACAAAUAUAAAUAUAUGCAUACGAAUAUAAAUAUAUAUUUAUAAUUUUUUUUAAAUAAAUAUUAUAUUCAUACGUAUAUAUUUUACGUUAUCACGUUUAUAAAUUUGUAAUAUUUACGUUAUUGUGUAACGACAAGCUUGAUAAUUUUAUCAAGAUCGAUAUUUAUCGUAAGAAAAAAAAAAACAUGCAUUACGAGAUUUUUCAAAAUGCAGGUGGAGUUCGUUAUGGUCAGCAAAAAUCAAAAUAAUAAUUUUCCACACUUAGGUAUGUAGUUUAGGGGACCAGUAUAAAAAAAUACCCGGUUAAACGUCGUUAUCGCGAUAGGUAUCAUAAAAAAACAAAAGUAAUAAAACUGAAACACGCAACACAAUUUUUAUGGGUAUACCUACAAAAUAUAAUAAUAUGAUAGGUGGUUUAUUUUUAUAUACAUAUAUUAUUUUUUUAUUUUUUUUUUUUUUAUCACGGUUUUUGAAGAUUUUUGUUUUUAUUUUAUUUCCAUAAGACAUCUUAAACAAAUCGAAUAUUCGAUAUUUUACCCGAAAACGCACGGCCGAAGUUAAUAUCUAAAUUUACCAACGAACUCCGCCAUGAUAAUAUUUAUGCGUUUGUAUACGGUUUUAGUUUUCUUAUAGAAAAUGUAAACGGGUAGGGUCGGAAAUAAUUAAACAAUAGACUUAAAUUGAAUAAAAAAUUUCUAGUUUUCGGUUUGUUUAAGAUGUUAAAAAAAAACAACUCAUACGAGUUAUACGAUAUGAUAUAAAUGUUUUUUUUUUUUUUUUUUAUACAUCUAUAUAUAAUGAUAUAUUAUAUAUAUUUUAAAAUAGUAUUUUGGUAAUAUUCCUUCUCUUUUUUCUUUCUCUUUUUUUUUCUAUUGUCCGUCCUCGUACACUUCAAAACGAAUAUGUACCAUAGUGAAUUUUGGAACUCCUUUACGCCUGGGUAAGUUUAUAAUGAAAAAAAAAAAAUUAUAAAUUGUAAUUUUGUUUUUGGUUUUUUUUUUUUUUUUUAAUAUUUCAUAAAGCUUGUAUUGGUUUAUUUUUGUCUGACAGCACAUAGUCAGAUUGCUCAUUAUCAUAAUAAUAUUUUGUUCUCAUUUUGGUAAAUGAUUUACAAAAAAAAAAAAAAUAAAUAAUAUAUUAUAUACUAAUAUAAUAAUUGAUUAACAAUAUAUGUAUAAAUAUAUAUAUAAUAUAUUAUAAUAUUAUAAUUUGUUGUUUAAGAAAUUAUUAACCCAGAUUAUUGAUAUAUAUAUAUAUAUAUAUAUAUAUAUAUAUAUAUAUAUAUAUUUUAUAUAUAUUUAUUUAUUUUUUUUUUUUUUUUUUUUUUGUAACAUCAACAAGAAUGAGUAGAUAAGUUUGACGCCUAAUAUAUCAAUAACACACUCCUACCUCCACCCCCGUUCUGUGUUUAACAUAAAUAUUAUUUAUAUAAAUGAAUGUUAUAAACGGAUUUAUAUUUUAGAUUAUAAAAGUGCAAGGUAACAGCAUGGGAAUUAUAUUUGUUCGUAUAUAUAAUAUAGUCGACGGGAUAAAAAAAAAAAAAGGAAAACAACAGUAAAACUCCACCUGCAAAAUUUUAACAUAUUAAAUAACAUAAUGAAAUAAACAGAAAAAACACAACAUCAAUACAUUAUUUAUUGCGCUUUUGACCAAACGAAAAAAAAUAUCGUAUAACAAGUUUGGUUUUAUAAUAUAAUACACAAUUUGAUUAGCUUAUAUUUUAUUAUAAGUACUUAUAUAUAAUAACUAUAACAGAUAACUAAUCAGCUGAUGCUCCUGCGAUAUGUUUAUCCAGUUUCGUAUAUAUAUAUAUAUAUAUAUAUAUAUUUAUAUAUAUAUAUAAUAUACACACUUAUACAGGUAUCUGCAAUUUUGUUUUGUGUUAUAUUAUGUAUCUCUAUAAAUACAUAUAUAUAUAUAUAUAUAUAUAUAUAUAUAUAUAUAUUUAUAUAUUAUUAUAAUUUAUGUGUCGUCCAGUAGUAUAAUUUAUUAUUAUUAGCAUAAUAUUAGGCAUUAGAAGCAAACAUAUUUUUUAGCACUGAUAUAAUUAUAAUUAUAAUAUUUUGUUUUAUAGGUUAUAUUAUUUAUCUAAAUUUUUUUUUUUUUGAAACAUAAAUACGACCGAAAAUUUCACCUAUCUAUAUAUUAUUGAAUAAUGACGGAUGAAGCAAGAGUACCGCAACUAGGAAAAAUGUCGGGGGAGGAGGUCACUCAUAUUAUAAAUUCAAUUACUGUCUACUAUUUAUAAGAACUAUAAAAAAUAUAUCGAAAUAACCAAUUCGGGGAGUGGAGUAGGGAGUACAUGCCCUCCCAGUUCCUCCCCCUGUUUAUUACCGUCAUGAUUAAAAAUACCGUAAUUUAUUGAUAUUCACUUCAUAAUAAUAUAUUCACCGUCAUAUUAGUGUAUUUUGUCAGAAUCAAUAUUUUUCAUUUAUUCUAUUUUUUUUUUCCAAAUACAAACACACAUAUUACAUUAAUACAAAAAAAAACAACCUCAAAAUCGAACAAAAUAUAAAAACCUAAUCAAUUAUUAUUAUAGUAUACCAUGCUGCUGCCUUAAACUUUUAAAACUAAAACGCGUAGUAUACCAACAACUUGGGCAGCUUUCGGCAAUAAUAAUUAUUUCUCGAAAAACCAUACGAUUUCCCGUAAAAAAAAGAAAAACAAUCACAAUAACAUUGUAAACAUAUUUUUUUUUUAUUUGUGUUGCCCAGCACUUUGUUUGUAUAUUAUAAAUAAUUAUUUUCUCGAAUUUAUACACACGCGUAAAAUAUUAUGAAUAAGUUCCUAUUUUAAUUCAAGACAGUCGCACGGUGGCAUUUGUCGUCUAGUGUGUUUUUGUUUUUUUCUAAACGGGCAGUAUAGAACAAAUACAUUUAAGUUAAACAAACGGAAAUACCUUUAAAAUCGGGUUUAGAGAUAAAAAACCUAUUUAUAUAGUUUGUAGACAAUAAUAUAUUUGAAGACUACCUCAUCAGCGUAUUUUUUUUUCCUUAUUAAUCCGUAGAUUGUUUGAACGGUGCACUCUGAUCAAUUCGUCUUACUGCUUUACCCGUAGUGACUUCUUCCUUAGCUCCUGUAGUAUAUAUUUUUCACAUCCAGCAUAAUUUGUUAUAUGCCUUGGUCUUCCUAUUUAUGGGUUCCCCUCAACUUCCACGUUCGCUUCCGAUAUAGAACUACUAUCGUUCGCCAAUGACAAAACCUCUUUAAACAAAGGACUUUAAACAACCUUAGUCAGCACCAGAUAUCGAAAACAUCUAUUAUUUACCUUUGGCCCGCCUUCAUGAAUCUGACCCAUACAACAAAACACACCGCACCGCGAGGUCAUUUACAAAUAAUUGUUUAACAAGCGUAUUUUUUGUUUUGUUAUCUAUAAAAUCGAUUUUAAAAAGACAUGUCCGUUUAAUAUACCCAAACACGUAUUUGCUAAUAUUGCUCGUCAGAAAUACGAGCGACGGCAAACGCCAUUGCCCGACUAUACCUCUUAAACCGUUGACCGUUUCGCAAAAUUAUAUUGAUAUCGUGUUACAUUUGAUAUUUAUAUUUUAUUUUUUAAGUUGAUGUUGGAUAGUAUACUUACGAUUAGUUUUGAAUUCAUAUUUUGCAUAUGUAGAAUAGAAAAACAUUUUUUUUACAUAUUUAUUUAUUUAAUAUAUUCGGGUCAAUGCGAUUCCCUAAGCGUAUUUCCAAGAUCGAACUGAAACCUAGUAUUUUCAACGUACCAAUUUCCUAUAUUUACUGGAUAAACAAAUGUACAUACGACGUGUAGGUUCGUUGCGCGCCGUUGUAGAUUAGUUCUACGUAUUAAAAUAAAAAAACAUUUUAAAAAAACUGAUAUUUUUGCAUGUAAGGUUGUCUCGAAAAAACGAAAGAAAAAACAGCACAUAAUUAAUUAUAAUUAUUGUUUUGAUUAAACAACACUUUGCUUAUAUGUCUAAUUUAUGCUUUUUUUAUGUAUUUAGUUUGCUUUCUGCAUGCAAACGCAUAUUUUAAUACGACAGUAUGUUAUUUACUAAAAUAAAAUUUAUAAAAAUAAUUUUUUUUUUCUUUAAUUGUUAAAUAAAUCGUUCGUGUAAAAAAAAAACAACACAUGUAAAAAUAAUAACAUAAUGAAACGACUGGUAAAAAAAAAAAAAAAACGAUAAAAACCAAUUUAUUAUUAUUUUUUUUUUUUUAACAUACUUACAAAUUGACAAUACUAUAUUAUAUUCUCGUGAAAAUUUCCAAUCGUAUCGUUUUAUUUUUUUUUUUAUCUAAUUAUAUAAAAUAUAAUAAAAGCCAAAAAGCCGAAUUGGAAAUAAAAAUCAACUCUAUAAUAUUCUAGCGCCUGUAAAUGUUGCUUACUAUUAUUAUUAUUUUUAUUAUUUAUAUAUAUAUAUACAUAAUUGUGGCGUCUUUUGUCUUCUGAUUUUUAUUUACAUUAUUUUUUUACGUUUUUUUUUUUCCAAAAUUACUUUAGUUUAACAAAAAUGUUCCAUUGCUUUCAGUUUUUUUUUCUCGCGUAUUGUUCGCCAGCCCGACGUUUUAUGAUUCCGUCACACGAUCAUAGGCGUUUUCGUAAUACUAUAAUAUUAUAGUUUUCAUAAACCUCAAAAUCACUGUUAGUAAUAUCGUACAUUCCGUGAGAAAAAAUAAAAAUAAAAUUAAUAAUUAAAACACACCUACUCGUUUUGUUCGAACAUUUUCCACUGUUCGGAUAUAAAUAUCAAGUAGGUAUUGUAAGACAAAAAUAUAAAUGUGCAUUUUUUUUUUAUUCAGCCUUUAAGUUGGUCUACAUUUCUAUUAUAAUCCAUCGUUAGCCUUUUUUUUUUUUUUUAGUUUUUUAGUUUUUUAGAAGUAAUGAAUCAUAUUGUUUCAUUUGUCCUUCAUUAUGCAUACGAGUUACUUUUAUCAUGCAACUGUUUUGGGUGUCUCGGUGCACGUACGAUCAUUUUCCAACGCCUCGCUUGAAUUGCAUCCACAAACGUACUCGUACUUUUUUCUUUAAAAAUAAUUUUUAGUAACUAUUCACUCUCGUUCCCACAUUAUCCAUCUUUUGUUUUCAAUAAAUAUCAUCAACAAAUUCAAAUUGAUUUUGCUUUGGGUAUGUCAUUAAAUUUAUGACCUACGUUUCAUAUCUAUAUAUCGCUAUACUCCAAGCACAUGUUUUCGAAAGUGACUUCUUAGUUAUUAAGAUGUACAAAUUUUGACUAAAAUUAUAUUUAUCUUUUACUAAGAGUUAAUAAUAACAUGUACCUAGGUACAACCUUGUAAUUAUGAUUUUUAAUAAUUACGUCAGUAUAUUAAAUUAUAACAUGUAAAAUAUUACGAUUGCGCGUAUUAUGCAUUUUUUAUAAAAUACUUUUAGAUUCUGAGUGUAGCGAACAAUGUUUUGGUUUUACAAAGAUGUUUUUUUUUUCCUGUGGACAACUUUUCUACCAGCAAUUUUGCUUUCGACUUUUAAUGAUAUCAAUUUUUCUAAUAGGAAAUUUUACUGAGGUGUUACUUUAAAGAGACCGUUUUUCGGUUUUUUCCUGAAUUUUCUAGCAAAUAUGAAAAAUUGGGAAAAAACAUAGGAAAACCGGGAAAAACGUAGGAAAAUCGGUACAACAAACAACUAUUAUUAAAACAAAAACAAAAUGUGCAUGUAAUUAUUUUACUAUAAUAUGACAUACAUAUUAUUGACAAAGCAUUACUAUCAACUGAACUCCGCUUUGAAUCGUUUUUUCAUUAACAAUGGCUUAUCGUUGCUUACCGAUUACAUUAAAUUACCUAUAGCAGUGGAUGCACCUAUCCUCAUUAUCUUAGGACAGCUUUUUGUUUAAAUGUAAGAAAGUUUUCUUCUAUCCCCGUUGAAGUGGAGUGUUAUUUAUUUUUAAUAAUAUUAUCCUAAUAUUAUCGCUAAUAAUAAUAUUUAUCCUUUACUAAAGGCUGAUGUACAUGGUAAUCAAUUGGCGUACUAGUCGAUGUUGCCAGUUUCUGAAUGCCAGUGACUGAUAACGUGUAAACCUGUCAGUUGAAGGCAAAGCCAGCGAAGAACUAGCGUGCCAGCAGAUGUCAACGCCAGUCACACAAAUAUUUUUGUUCUAUUGGCGGUUUGACUUUCUAGUUAUCUGAAAACUGUGCACUACUUGAAUUGGUAGCACACUAUAACUAUACUAGUAGUUGGUAGUAGUAAACGACGGGUGCCAGUAAUUCAGCAAUUCCAGUUGCCACACGCCAGUGACCUUUCAGUUAGCAUACCACUAAAUGGCAACGUGUAAAUCAGCCUUAAGAAUUAAUAAUAACUCGGACAUAGGGACAGUUUUUGAAUUAUGGUUUGCGGUAAUUGCGUUUGUGUAUUCAAUUUGGUUUACCGUUUUCUUCUAUUUAUUUCCUUUGCCAUACGUUAGUUUUUCAUUAAAAGUUACCACUUUAUGAUAUAAUUGCAGAAUAUGAGUUUCAAUACCUUGUAAAAUUGUGUUGGGCAUAUUAUGUUUUUCUAAAGUGUCACAUAAAUACGUUAAUUUUAUUAUAAAAUCACUAUCAAUAAACUUGUUGGAAUAAUUAUGACUUUCUUUAUAAAAAUAAAUGUAAAGUUCUUAUCUAAGUUCUGACACUCUACUCUCUUACUCAGAAACUCUUACGAGAAUGUUACCAUUUAAUAGCCAUCUAGAAUUACAAUAAAAUAGUAACGCAGUAUGCUGUGCUCCCAUUUCUUCAGAUAUCUUUUUAAAAAAUCUUACUUUAAUAUAAUUUUAUUAGUAUUUCAUGUAAGAUACCUAUUUAAUGACGGAUUCAUAUUUUGUGUUUCUAAUGAUACUCGAUGAAUAAGAUAAUGAUUAUGAUUAUGAUUAGAUAAUGAUUCCAUAUAAUUUCUGAAUUUUUUUAUCGUAUUAUAGCUUGAAUUCCACCAUAGUGACCAGCCAAAGUUCGAGCUCCGCCUGGAAUAUUAUAAAACAAAUAUCGAUAAACAAUACAUUUUUUUUAAUAAAAAAAUCACAUAGUCGUGAAAAAAUAAAAAUAAAUCUUUUAUUUUAUCAGUUAGUUUUAAUGCAACUCGUGGUUUUUCAGUUUCAGAUAUCAGAUCGGGUAAUUUAACGGGUUCUGAGUGGUAUAAAAAAUCGGAAUUUGCGAUUACUUACAAAUGUGUACAAAUAUAAUAACAAUAUUAUUACUGUAAUAUUUUUAAUGAAAUUCCAAAUUAGAAGUGCUAAUGUAAUGGACCCCUUUAUUGACCCAUUUUUAAUGUAGUUCGGAAUUAAGAAAGAUGUUUUUUAAAUUUUUCUUGUAAUUUUUUUAUUAAAUAAUUUGAUAAUUUUUCUGUGGAUAACUUUCUACCAGCAAUUUUGCUAAGGUUUUCAAUGAUAGCACGUUUUCUGGAAGAAAAUCAGAAUGGGAAGAUACCUUAGAGAGAAAUUUUUUUUGAUUUUCCCAGGAGUUUUCCCAAUGAAUUGAAAAUUGAAAUUUGGAUAUAAAACUUAUAUUUACUUACUAAUAUAUAUAUUUAUGCUUACAAAUGCGAUAUUUUAUUAUUUUUGUGUAUUUGGGUUAGGUCCAUAAGUACGUAUUUCGCGUUUUGACUUAAUUUUCCAUUAAGAAUAACGACCCGGAUUGAAGAUAAUAUUAUUAUAGAAAAUAGAAUUUACUACCAAUGCACGUUAUUCAUAAAUACAUAAUACUUAGCGAUAUAAUUCAUUAUAUACGUGAACUUAGUAGAUUUUACCUUCGAUGUUUUUGAAUAUAGAUUAACUAUUAUUGAAAAUUAGACUAUUUUUCAUUGGAACGAAUAUAAAGUAUAUACAAAUAAAACAAAAAAACAAAAAAACAAAAUAGGUAUAGUGUUUAUAAUACUUUGGGUCAAAUAUUCAAGCAUCAUUAGGUGAUGACAGCAGCUGUCGAAUUUAUUACUGUAAAUAAUGGGAUGGAUACAUUUCCGAAAUCAUGGAAUAAAAAAUUAAAACCAAUUGAUUGCGCAACAUAAUGCUAUCCUUAACAAAAUCCAAACAAAAUCUAAAAUCCAAUGGAGAGGUUAAAAUUAAAUUAAAUGUGCAAAAGUGUAUGAAGUAAAUUAAGUAUUUAUUUAUAUAUAUGAACUCUCUGGUUUAAUAUUCCCAUGUAAAUUCAAAUAAUAUUGAGUUGACUCUUACGAACAUGACACAAAGACUACGAAUUGUCUACAUUUGAAACAAAUUUAAAUGCAAAUUACGAAAUAAAACUAGAGCUAAAGAUUAUAAUUAAAAUAUAAUAACAUGUAUUUAAAGUUUAAAACGAAGACAUUUUAUCCGAAAAUAUUGUUGUUAUUCACUACCUGCACCUAUUCAAAUUGACAAAGAUUUUCCAACGGUUGUUUUUAUUGUUUUUAAUCAUUUUAUUUAAAAUUCUAAGUAUGUAGCAUAUUAGUUAAUAAUAUUUUGAAUAUUAUAUCGUUUUAGAAAGAUAAAACUAAUUUUAAUUUUGUAAAAAUUAAAAUAACUAAAAAUGUAUAGAUAACUUAAUAGUAAAAAGAGAAAGGUAAAAUAAUGGGAAUGGGUAUUAUAUUAAUAUGAUAUUAAUCAGCCACUGAUGUAGGUGAGAAGUUGAGAAGGUAGAGUAUAGACAGGAAUUUAAUGUAUAUCUGUAAGCAACAAUAAACCAUUGCUUACGAAAACACGAUUCUGAACGCAGUUCAGUUGAUAGUGAUGCUUUUUAAACAAUAUAUAUGUCAUUUUAUAGUAAAAUAAUUAAAUAGGCUUUAUAUAUUUUCUUUAAUAAAAUCUGUGUAAUAUUGUACUGAUUUUCCCAGUUUUCCUACGUUUAUCCAGGUUUUCCCAUGUUAUAUCCCGGUUUUUCAUAUUUGUUGGGAAAACUUCUUACAAAAUUGAAAGUUUAAAGUUUCUCGCCGGUGAAAUUUCCUUUUAGAAACAUUGCAAAAUUGCUGAUAGAAAAGUUGUCCAUAGAAAAAGAAAUUGUAAAUUAUAUUUAUUAUACUUCGUAAAUCUUUCUGUUUUUUUUUUUUUGAUUUUUUGCAUUUAAUGAGAAAACACUUGAGAAUCUUGAAAAAGGAACUUCCUAAGUACCUCUCCACGCCUUUUAGAAAAGGCGCUACACGUAGAAAUUCAAUCAAAUCUCCUGGUAGAAAAGUUGCGCACAAAUAAAAAUAAACAUUUUUGUAAAAUCAUAAGUUUCUUCGCUCCACUUUUGUUUUUUUUGAACAGACGCACUUUAUCAGAUAACUAAAAUCAAUACGUACACUUGUAUACCUACUGUUUCCAUGUUAAACACGUGCAUUCUUAAUAUUUUUAUUGUUGACUAUUAGUAACAUCGAACAAAGAAUAUUUCUUUACGGAACCGUACGAUAUUAUUUUUAGGAACCAUGCAAUCGUAUUUUACCCUUUAUAAUAUUAAAAAUAAAUGAUCGUAACUUAUUACUAUAUAUCCCGAGUUAUAAGUGGGUACACUCAUUAUCUCGGAAAGUUAUACAUUUUUUUGAAUUUAUUUUCUAGAACAUUUAAGAACAAGCUGCUCUACAAUUUUAUAUUUAUGUUAUUUUUUGAAUUAAAACUACUACUACGUACUUUUGAUUUUGAAGUGGCAACCUAUAUUAAAAAAUCCAUGUAUAGACGGAGUAGGUAUUAGUUAAAAUACAUUUAAGUAUUGAAAUUGUUAAUUUCCGUCAAUCCAUUGACGAAAUAUUCCACUUUUAAGUUUGGGUUGGAAGAGAGUAGUGUAGUAUCAUGUGUGGCAGUACAACACGUAGCGUGUUAAUAAUGCACAACUACUUUCCUAUAUGAACCAAAUUAAAAGUGGGAUAACUCGUCAACGGAUUGACGGAAUUCAAGAAUGUCAACACUAAAAUUUAUUUUAACUAAUACCCCAUCUAUUUAUGGAAUUUUUAAUGUAGGUUGCUGUUUAAAAAUCAAAAUUCAGUAAUGGUUUACCCCCAAAAAUCAGAGUGACAAAAAAUAAUAUAAAUAUUAAAUUCUAGAAAAAGUUAAUACUUGCUGAGAUAAUGAGUGUACCCAUUUAAAUAGAUCACCUGGUAUAUAUAUAUAUUUUUUUUUACUACUUAUAUCUAACUCAUUGUUCAAAUUUAUAAUCUUUAUGAAUUAUGAAUUUAUGUGUGGUCUGAUCAAUACUUUGGACUUAUGAGUUUUUACUCUCUUAGUAUAACUAUGCAAUUAAAAUUAUGACUCACUGCCAAGUCAAUUUCAAUAUACUUAAUAUUGUUCUACGAAAAGGCCUAUGAUGUGACGAAUGAAAUUACCCUAUAAAUUAUAAUUUAAUAAUUACCGAAUAAAUACUAUUAUAUUUAAAGCAUACAUAAUUUAUUUUAAACGCGUAAUUAAAUGUCGAUAAAAUUUGAAUAUUUAAACAUUAUAACUAUUUAGAUUCAAAAUAAAUACCGAAUUCGUGGUCAAUUUUCAUUUAACAUUAAUUAUUGUUUAAAUUUUUAUUUCAUUUUUAUUACAUAAGUUUAUUAUUGAUGACCAACGUCGUUUGUUAAUUCGGUAUGCCUAAAUAAUAUAAUCAUAUUUUUAUUUUAUUGUAAAUGUUUCUCUUUAGACGUGUAUCCGUAGUGCGAGGUCAAGUGUUAUCACCACAAGGUUUGGGCAUUAUAGGCAUUAGGGUUUCGGUGGACCGAGACUCAAGGUUCGGGUUCACGUUGACCAGAGCUGGUGGAUGGUAGUUACAAUAAAAUUAUUAUAAUAAUAUCAUGGUUUUUUAUUUAUAGAUAAGGUGUUUACGAAUUCGAAGAUAAGGUGACACUUCACAACCUGUUAAACAACGAAUUCUUAUAAGUUAAUGAUCAUUUUGUUACCGUACCUGAAAAAAAAAAAACAGAGAACUUCGUCGAAUUUGCUACCCAUCAAUAUUUUAUAUAUUACUAUGAAUUAAGAUACACAGGAUGCUGAACGAGAGCUAAUCAGUCGAAGAAAAAGUUUCUAAAAUCUACAGUAACAUUUAAUAAACUAAAACAGUGGUACCAUUUUAGAAAAAUUAUUGAAAAAAGAAAUAAUUGUGUAGGAAGUAUAUUUGUGUUGUCUUUGUUUUUGUAUACUGAAGAAUUAUUAUACAAAAUUAGUUUAGAAUUAAUUCACCGUAACCAUUUAGUGCCACAAGUUAAACUAAGGAUAAUUGGAAACCACGGUCUAAUAUAUAGGUUGCGCAACUCGCAAACCUUAUGGGUAUAUUUAAUUAUGAAUUUGGUCAGUCAGAUAGUACUUAAAAUGCCAUGUAGUUAGUUUUCAAUUUAUAGUUGAAUGCUAUUCAUAAUAAUACGUAGUAAUGAUUAUUAGGUCUAUAGUUAAAUAUAUUUUAUAGUAUAAUUUUUUUCGUGAUUAAACUUAUCAUUUGUUCUAUUCUAGUAGUUUUCUUUAAAGUAAAAUAAAAUUUGUUUAUAUUUUUUUUAUGUUUCAGUGUUUCACAAUACCAUUUAAAAAUUUUCCUCGACUAUAAUAUAGUUCGUUCUUUUCAAAGAACUAUUCUUAAUAGUGCUCAAAAAAAGUGUAUUAUAACAUACAGUGCGAUGUUUAUUUACAAAGCCAACGAAAGACAAAGAUAAUAUAAUAUUAUAUAUAUAUAUAUAUAUAAUAUAAUAUUAUAUAUAUAUAUAUAUAUAUAUAUGGUAAAUAAAUAUAUAAAUAAAACAUUUAUAUAUAUAAAAAAUAAAUAAAUGAAUAAAUGCGUCGCCUGGAAUAUUAUGAUAAGUUUAUUAUACAACCGGUUUUGAAUUAAAAAUUCAUUAUCAAGUUUAUCAUAGUCAAAAUGUAAAACGCGAUUUAUAAAAAAUUAAAUGAAGGAAUAAAUAGAAAAAAAAUUAUACAAAUUGAUCGUUUUACAUAAAAAUAAUUUAUUCUAAUAAGAGAGAUUAUUUAAUAUGGGUUAUUUUUAAACAUAGAUAUGUUUAGAAAUAUAAAUCAUUUGGUUAUUAAUUAUUAUCUAAAAUGUAUUGAUAUAAGAUGUUAUUUUUAAAAUCGUUUUGCACGUUUUUUAUUUCAUUGUGUACAUUAUGUAAUUUUUUUAAAACGGAAUUAAUGUAAAUUUUAUUUUGGGUAUUUAAUAUCUCUAAGUCUGUAUUAAUAAUCAAAGCUUAUAUUAUGGUUAUUUUCUUAAACAUGUUUAGCGAAAUUUGAAUUAGGGGCAGUCUUUUUUAAUUUUAUUACAGAAGCAUGUUCUUUGUAUCUUAUUUUGAAAUUCCUAUUAAUCUUAACUAUAUAAAAUUUAUUACAGUUAAAUUUAGGUUUAUAUAUCCUAGCAUUUUCAAAAGAAGGGGGAUGUUUUGUGAAGUUUUUAGUUCUAUUGUUUAUAUGUUUGAUAAAAUUAUUAAUAGUUUUAAAAGCGAUGUUUACAUUAUUUGUAUUAUUCAGAAUUUUAACGAAUUUGUUAAACAUAUUAUUUUGAUAUUUCACACUUCAAUAAUUAACAAAAUUAUUUGGUGAGUUCUGUAUUAUUUUUUCUGUAAUAUGUUUAUGAAUUUUUUUAAUAGCAUAUAAAUUUAAAUUAUUUCUAUGGGCUAUAUUAUUAAAUAAUAUUGAGUUCGUGUUGAUGAUUAUUUGUAUUUAUUGGAAUACGUCCAAGUCUAUGGAAUAUUGAAUUGAAAAACGAUACCUUUUUAAAAAGAAGGGUGAUUAGAAUCGUGAGGUAUAACAUCAGAUUGUAUAGGUUUCCUGUAAAUACUAAAAUUAAAUUUUCGUAUAAUACACUUAUCAUAAUACUCCAGGCGAUUAAUGAAAUAAUAAAAAAAAAAGUACUAGCGUAUAACGCUUGUUAAGUUUAAUCAAAUAUAUAGAUAUCGUAUUUUUUUAAAUCGGACCUUUACUUUAUGCUUUACAAAGAAAUACACUAAAAGCAUAACACUUCAUAGUCAAGUACAAAUACGCACUUUAGCUGUAAUAAACAUACUAUCAAUAUUAUGAUAAUAUAUGGCGCUGAUAGUAUUUUUUACUGUCUUAUUUAUCAGUAUGUAAUGUUAUAAUUUAUGUUGUGAUAUAAGCGAGUUGCUGACCUGUGUAUAAGACCGUGUUGAAAACUUUCGGACCGCCAAAAUACUGAUAAAAUGCAUUCGUUCGAUAUCCUGUAUAUCUUAAUUUUUGAAUAACUAAUUUUUCUAAUGGCUACGAACCCUACACAAUAAACGUACCUUACUAUAGAUAGCAAUUGUAUGUUAAUACACAAUUUGUAAAUCGGAAUAUUAAUCUCAAUGUCGAACAAGCCGCACAAAAAAGAAAAUAACUUACUGGAAUUAUUUUAAUUUUGGUGUUCAAUGUAUUUCAAUACAUUUUGUAUUUUAUUUUAAACACUAGUCAUUUCUUGUACUAUCAUUUCUUCGAUCAUUUGUAUACGGUUAGAAGUUUUAUUUAAAAAAAAAUAUUGUAAUUCAGCUAUUCGACGUGGCCAAAUCGUAACCACCUUAUCUAUAUAUUCACAGAUUACAUAUAAUAAUAAGUAUGAAACCAGAUGGAUCCAAAUAAAUGACCUUCUUGAAAUAAGUAUGAUAAAUAAGUAAAUUAAUAUAAUAAUUAAUAAUAUUGUUGAUAAUGACAUCCAAAUAAUUGGAUACAAACAAUAAAGCGUGGUCUUUACUUUAUUCACUUUAUCAUAUUUGUUGAAAUAAAAAUAUAGAUAGGUAUAUAUAUAGAAUUUAUAAAGAUAAAUGAGUUUAGGUAUUGAUUUUAGAAUAUAUAGAUAGCUAAUGGCAUCAUCUCAGAGGGGUAUAUGAUAGUACGGACUUAGCGAACCCAGGGGCCACAAGCACUGGUGAAAAGCUCAGGUUGAUGAUUCCAGAAACCAUAUCUGUAGGUAGGAGAAAUUUACUUUAAGUUAACAAUACCAUUCUCCUUAUUUGAGGGGAUUAAAAUACUCCAAUGGUACCUCUACUUGUCGUUACAGGUGACAAAUGGGGUUCAACAGCCGGUGUAAAAUUCUGUCAAACAGUAUGAAGAGUUCUAAACAAGCCCCAUCUCGGAUGUACAUGGGGAUAACACGUGAGAGGAGAUACAUGAUGUAUGUUUGCAGAUGCUUUGAUAGGAGAAAAUCUGUAAUAAGUUAACAAGACAAUACCAGGCAGCUAACGAAAAUAAGUGGUUAUAGGUGAGGUCGAGGGUUACUUUGGAGAGAACCUAAGAUCUUUUGUACAAAAUAACGGUGUCUUUCAUAAGAAUGUGAAACAUAGAUUUAAGUGUGGUUGAAUAAAAAGGAGAGAAGCGGCAGGUGUUUUAUGUAAUAAGAGAAUUUCAAUGAGAAUUAAAGUUAUAUUCUACAAAAGUGUGGUAAGACUACCUAUGUAGUAUGUUUUGUAGCAUUGGGUGGUAGAUAGUAAAAUAGAACAGAGAAUGCAGCGAUGAGAAUACUUAAGUGGAUGAGUGAAGUGACAAUAGAAGAUAGGAUAAUGAAUGAGUACGUAAGUGGUAGUUUGGCAUGUCUUCGAUAGUAUAAAAUAAUGAGAGAAAAUAGAUUGACUUGAUUUGGGCAUGUCAUGAAAAGAGUAGAAUCAGAAGCAGUGAGAAUUGUAAUGAAAUUAACGUAAAAGGAAAAAGGUGGAAAAGAAGGUUCGAAAAAGUAGUUUGGAUGUGAUUGAGAAUAAUACGAAGACCGCCAGUAUAUGCGAGAUGGGAGAUAGGCUAAGUGGAAGUUUAGAACAAGGGUGGCCGACUCGAAAUAGUUGGAAUGAAGGCGAAUGUAAAUUGAGUUCAAAUUGAAUUUAUCGUUUUUUUUAAAACCGGUAAAUUGAGUUCCUCAUAUAAAUAUCAAAUCCAUAAAUCGAGUUCCUCGUAUAAAUUAGUUACAAAAUUAGUAAAUUGAGCUUCUCGUACGAAAUAAAAGCAGUCGGUAAAUAAAUACAAAAUUCUCCAGGAGUAACCAAGAAUUAUCGGCAUGCCAUUCAGUCGGAACGCAUCUAUGUCGAUUGUUACCUUACGUAACAGUUAGGUAAAACGUAUUGUAUUUGAAAAAUAUAUCAAUCAUAAUCAUAUCGAUGACUAUGCGGGGUGCAAUUUAUGACUAGACUAGUUUUCAAAAUUAUGUGUUUAUUCGUAUUAUUUAAACCACACAUCCAAAUAUUUAUAUUUUUGUUGAUGCACUUAAAGGACUCUAAUUAAAUACGUACAUUUAAGUAAAAAGUAAAGAUAUGAAUAAAAAGUCAAAACACAAUAUUGAAAAUAAGAAUAUAUUUAAAGAAAAAAUGAUGAAGUACAAGAUUAAUAAAAAUAUCUAGACUUGAAUUUAUAUUAUGAUUGUAUUACUUAAAUAUUUACAUACCUGUUUAAUAUUGUCACAACUAUCAUUAUCAUUAUUGGUAUUAAUGUAUAAUGUAUAAUUGUUACUUUACUUUUGGACAAAAUAUUAAUUAUUUUUGCUGACAAUAUUAUUUAUUUUUAUUAUUCAUACGAGGGACUCAGUUUAUCUAAACGUAAUUAAAUGGGGCUCAAUUAAUCAAAUCCCGAUAGCCCAUGACAUCGGGAUAUUUGGUGUCUAAAAUUAUAGUUAUGUUGUAAGAUAGUAUAGCUAUAUUCAAUAAAUUUUUUUUUUCUUAAAAUAAUAAUUAUUUAUCAUAUUGACGACACGAUAAUGCGGUUGCCUGUUAUCUAUGUGUAAUUAGUUUAUUUGUGCAUAUAAAUAAACACGAUAAGUACUAUCAUUUUAUUAUUUCAAAAAUAUUUCCAAAUUGAAAUUGCAUUCAAAUGAUCAAACAACUUUUUUAGUAAAAUCCAAAUAAUUCUAAUUAAUAGUUGUUGCGGAAUUUUUAAGUUUUAACUAAUUUAUUACAAAAUAUUUAAAUAUGAUAAAUUAAUAGACGAAUAGUAGGAAUAUAAAGAACUAGAAAAAAGUUUACGUAUUAUUAUUUCAACAUCCCUAAUAUUUUGGAUUUAAUUUAUUUAAUAGAUAUUGGUUAGACUAUACGAGGUAUUAUAGUUGUAUUAAAACGUAUUAAUUGUAUUAAUAAAAAAGGUAGAUCCAGCAUAUAUAUAUUUUACGGUCUUGCUAUUUGCCAUUGGCUAUAUUAACACAAUUAGCAAGCUAGAUUAUAAUUUUUAUUUUGUUUGAUGAUUUACUACAGGUUGACAAUAAUUAUCUGGUAUAACUGAUAAUUGUUAACAAAUACAACAACUAUAGAUACAAAUAUUGAAAACUACAUGGUAUAAAACUGCUGAAGGACUCAUCCAGUAAAAUAUUUAUAAAGAUAUUUUAUAAUAUUAUUGUUCUAUCCUUUUCACUGCUAUGCCCACAUAUAUGUGGACAAGAAAAUAUAGCCUAUAAAAAAAACGGGAAAAUUGUUAUAGAUUGUGUUAUGAUUUACACACGUCUCUGAAUUCAACGGUAUUUUCAGAAGUAUUCUAUAUUUCCAACCUCUUGGGGGUUUUCAAACACUAGAUUCAUAUUAUUGUAUAUUCAUGGUUGUAAUUUUUUUGUUUACAAAGCACCUUGUUUGUAUAUUUGUAGUGUUUGUUUUAAAGAAAACAACAAACCAUUUUACAGACAACACCAUAAACUAUAUUAUAAUAAUUUAAUAUAAGCGUUAGUGCAUUGCGCAAGUUUAGAAGCCCUUGGCCGGCAGAUUUUCAUUGAGCUAUAAUUUUGUAAGUUUUGGUUCAAAUUUUUUUUUUGAAUUUUCUCAUUUUUAGAAUGUUCAAAUCUAUCAGUGUAAUAAUAACAAUAAUGUAAUUAAAAUGUUUUUAUUUUUUUCAUAAAUUUUCAGAAUAGGGCACAAGCUUUUGUGAUUUUGGUACUUAGCAGUGAAAGAGCUAUAAUUAGUUGAGUGAUGAAAAUGAUAUUAUAGUACUUAUUGCAUUUUCUAAUAGAAUGAUUACAUUAACAUCGCACGAUUAGUUACCUCCCUUCACAGCUCGUCUAUCUAUGACGGCAGUUAGGACUUGUAUUUCGCCUUACUAUGACUGAGUAACCCCGCUGUUGCUGGCUGACAACCGUAGUGCUACAUAGGAGCGGAUGACUUUUAAUCGGUCCCCACAUUUAAUCAUAUCCGAUAUGCUUAUCUAUAUAUUCUAAAAUCAAUGAUUUAGAUAACGUAAUUAUUCAGCGAAAAUGAUUAAUCAGAAAACCAAUUAUGAUAAUUAUCAAAUAUAUUAGAUAAAUGUUCACGGAAUAAUUUAUAUUAUCUAUUCCAUAACAAAUAUUAGGCCUUUCCCUAAUUAAAUCAUGCAGAUAUUUUGCCGUUAAACACAAUAGCCAACGUGUCAACACACACAGUUGCAUAUCUUGCAUAUCUAUUUUAUACCACAGAAUUUAACUUCGACACAAUCGGCGGUGAAAUCAGUAUAAGCGAGUGUAUUAUUAUUUUCGGGCCGAAAUUAAUUUUCUGAUAUCCAUCUGGUUUUGUACGAGAACUGAUGCUAACCAAUCAUCGGGUUCCCAAACUCAACCGUCAGCAUUGCGAUUGCGUGCCCAUCAGGUUUGACGUGAUGGUCAACGGCGGUGAGGCAGUCACUUUGCAGUUUCAACGGAGCCCAUUCAGACCACAGACCAAGACACUUUACGUGCCUUGGAACCAGAUUGUUUCCCUAUCGCCGAUAAAAAUGACUCUACAUGAAGAAAUGGACUCAUACAAGGAGACUACGGUGGACACUAAUGGUGAGUGAGUUAGUUUAGGUUAGCAUCCAACCACGAUGACAAGAAACAGAAAAAAAUUUCAAAAAUCUUAAAGUGCGAUCAGUCUGAUGCGACAAAAUUGUUUUUAAAACUAAUCUCCUUUCUCUCAUUUAUCUUAUAUUGGUGGGAUCAAUUAUUCUUACUCAUGCCAUCCAUAUUUUUAUAUUUAUCACCAUUUCUCCGUCUAUACAAAAAAUAAUAAUAUCUCCCUCAACAAUUAAUAACCCAUAACCAUUUUUUCUUUGGUAUACAUUUUUCUCAUUAUUUCCAUCUACACUUAUCUCAUCUUCUUUAUUUUCUCAAUGUAUUUCUUUCUUUCAACAUGCCACUAAAUGGGCAUACUAUUUAUUUAUCUUUUAUUUUUCUAUUAUACUCGCUGUUUCUAAACUACAUAAUAAAGAUUCAUAUAUAAUCAUAAUCACAUCCUAAUACAGCAACUCUGCAAUAUUGUUCUCUUGAAGUUUUAUUCCGGAAUACGGGACACAAUGAUAUAAAUGCCUAAUUAUGAAAUUAUUUUUCGUGUGACAGGAUUAUACGACCAGAACAUGUACAACAUUACUCCGUGUGUGGAUCACAAAGAAAGUCCACAGAUCAUAUCGACGUGGUUACCAGAGAAAAUAGGAGGCAUGCCUGAAAAAAGUGUCAUAUUCGCAGAGACUCAGGUGAAAUCUAAUUGUUAUUAAUUUUAAACGCUAAUAUACUGAUCGGAAAGUACUAUAGUGGGUAAUUUAUUAAUUGCCGUCUACGAUAAUAAGUAUUUUAGAUUUGCAAGUUCUCAAAUUGUUUACGCAUUUAAAAUAAUAGGGAAUGACUUAAAAUAAAAAAAAAAAUAUUAGAUGAAUGGGUAGUCAAAUAUAAAAAUUGUGUGCUAACUUCACUAAUUAUUGUUUUUUUAUAUUUAUUUUUCUAGUUGCUUCAAGAAAGUAUAGGCAUUCCUGGUUCAAAUUUGAACUUAAUAUACAGAAGUAGCUGGGCGACCGGAUAUUAUUCGUAUUUAAUCAUUCAUCUCACUCAAUCUGAUAUAUCACCCGAAUUAAAAGUUGUGUUCAUUUCAAUAGAAAUUGAAGGUUCAAUUUACAACCACGUGCUCGAGGCAGAUCCAAAUUUAAAGUACACGUUUACAUGGGACAAGCGAAACGUAUACAAACAAAAAGUGGGUUUUAUAAAAAACCAUUUCAUUAUAGUCUUCAAAUAAGUUAUUUUAUUUUGACAGUAAGACUAGAAUUUUCGAUUUUGAGUGAUGCGAAGAAAUUUAUAGUUUUACAAAGAUGUUUAUUUUUUUUUGUGCACAAAUUUUCUACCGGAAGACUUACUCUGAUUUAUAAGUGCAUCACCUUUUCUGAAAGGAAAUCACUAUGGAGAGGGUACUUAAAGGAGGUAAUUUUUCGAUUUUUUUCUGGAGCUUUCUCAUCAAAUUUGAAAAACUGAAGAAAAAAAACAGAGGAAAAACGGGAAAAUAUGUGAACUAUAUUACUAAAAUAUUACGAAUUUAUUUUCCUGUGCGCAAUUUUUCUCCAACUUAUAUUUUCAGCAAUUUUUCUAAAAGAAAAUUUCAUUGGGGGGGGGGGUACUUUAGAAAGAUCGUUUUUCGAUUUUCUCUGGAAUUUUCUUAGCAAAUGUUAAAAACUGGGAAAAAUCAUGGGAAGACCGGGAAAAUACUUAGAAAAAUCGUGGAAAUCUGUACAUUAAAAAAAUAUAUAGAGCUUAUUUAAUUAUUUUACUAUAAUAGGGCAAAAAUAUUGUUGACAAAGCAUCGCUAUCAACUGAACAUCGCUCAAAAUCGAUUUUUCGUAAGCAAUGGUUUAUCGUUGCUUACAGGUGUACAUUAAAUUAUCUAUAACAGUGGCUGCACCAAUCCUCAUUAUCCUAGGAUGUCUUUUUUAUACUUUAUAUUAAUAUAACACACACAUUUAUAUAGGUUUAUGGAAUUGCAAAAGCAAAAGUUUCGAUCGGCUACGAGUAUAAGAGCUGUAACCAGAUCGUGUGGGAAGUACAAAUGGCCGUUUUACAAGGUUUUGAUGUGGAUAUAUCAGAUAUCGGUGGAUGGAGUUUGGACGUACAUCAUCAUUAUAAUUUCCACGAAGGUAACAUUGAACAUAUAUACAAAAUAAAAACUUAAAUACGGUUAAUUUACGGUUAUUGUAUGUAAUUCGCUAAAUAAAAUAUUUAUUUAUUUUUAGGAAUUUUACAAAAAGGCGACGGAUCGAUAUUGUAUUUUAAACAUCAAUAUCCGCACACCUUACAUGUAGUAACUGGUACGGGUAUGCAAAGGCCGUUGAACUGCAAAGAUUGUAAUGGAAUAGCCAAGGAUACAAGGCUUUUAUCUCCACUAGCAUUGGCCAGUGGUCCAGACGGAAGUCUUUAUGUUGGAGACUUUAAUCUCAUCAGAAAACUCACGCCAGAAGGCAACGUAUAUACCGUAUUACAACUUAGGUACAAAUUAGUUUAAACUAGGAAUACCAAUAAUUUCGGAAAUCAUUAUAUUAAAUUUGUAACUAUAGUACUAUGCUGUUGUUUUAGCGCUACUCAAGUUUCGCACCAAUAUUAUUUGUGCUUAUCACCUACAGACGGUUACUUGUACGUCUCUGAUACUGAAAAACAUCAAGUACUUCGUGUGCCAACCACAAGCUCGGUAGUAGAUCCUACAAUAAACUUUGAGGUAUAUGUCGGUUCUGGAGAACGGUGUGUACCGGGAGACCAAAGCAGUUGUGGUGAUGGAGGAAUAGCAAUCAAAGCAAAACUAUCGAACCCAAAAGGUUUGAACAUUUAAUAUUUAGUUGUAUAAAUAACGUGCAAAUCACAGAGUAUGAAAUUAUAAAUGGAACUAUGAUUCCCAGAAAAAUAUUAAAAUAUACCUUACAUAGCAAAUAGAUAAUAGAUAAUAAUAUACUGUCAUACCAGCUUUCUCUCGGUUAGAUUAGGUUUUUAUGAUAUAGUGAUUAAAUUUUAUUUUUUACAAUUUUAGUCUAUACUGUAUACUACUAAAAGCUCGAAUAAUUUUAUUUACGAAUUCAAAUUCCUAAAUUUAUUUUAACAUAUUAUUAAUAUAUUUUUUUAGGAAUCGCAAUAUCUUCUGAUGGAACCAUGUACUUAGCUGAUGGUACUAACAUUAGGGUGAUUAGUCGUCAUGGUAUUAUAAACACGUUGAUUGGCCAUCAUAAACAUAACAAUAUUUGGCAACCGAUGCCGUGUAAAAUCGCUGUGCCAACAUCACAAGUGUGUAAAACAAAUCGUAUCGCAAUGAGAACAUAUUUUUCAUGACAUUUGUUUGACAGGUACAACUUCAGUGGCCUACAAACCUAGCGUUGAACCCACUGGAUGAAAGUUUGCAUAUAACUGACGAUAGAGUAGUUUUGAAAGUGACCAAAGAUCACCGUGUAAAAAUCGUGGCGGGAUCGCCGUUGCAUUGUUAUUCGGGCAAUGAGGUGGAUAAAAGUGGCAAAGAAUCGAAAGUACACGAAAAUCAAGAAGUAAUGACGGAGUCAUCGAAGGCUACACAAACAGCUUUAGGGACCAUUCUAGGUAUUACUUUCAGUCCCUAUGGUGAUUUGUACAUAGCCCAAAGUGAUUCACGAAAAGUUAAUACAAUCAAAGUGGUAAAUUCGGCUGGAUAUAUAUCACACUUUGCAGGUUACCAACAAACUCAAAAUCCUCAAAAGUAAGUAUACAAACUAAUCGGAAAAUUUAAAUUGAUAUUACUUAUACCAGGUCUUGUUAGUUCAGAGCAGAAUUUAUAAUUAGUAUCGGUUUAACUAAAAACUACCAGAAUACUACCCUUUUAUUAUUAAGUAAUAAACUAAUAAUAAUUUACAAAGGACAUUUAUAUAAUAUAUGUUUCCUGAAAAGGUUUUAUAAGUGUACCAGUUACUUAUGUACUCUAUACAAUCAACUGUGUCAAUGUUAUUAAUAGGCAAUGUGACUGUGACAGCAACAACGCUACAUGUCAAUGUGGAAACGGGUCUCGAGAACAUUUGCUUUCUAUUACCGCUAAAUUUACUACGAUUUCAGCUAUCAUAGCAUCUCCAGACGGUGUACUUAAUAUUGCCGACCAGGUAUUUGAUAUAUCUACUUAGAAUUUAUGAUGACUAAUCAAAAAUGAAUAAAUUGCAGGGCAAUCUUCAUAUACUUGCAUUGAAACCCUAUUUGCCAUCUCACGAUCUGAACGGUGAGUUCCAAAUACCAUAUCCGGCCACCGGGGAAAUUUAUAUUUUUAACAGAUAUGGACAGCAUACGGCUACCCAUGAUUUGAUGACUGGUAAAGUACGGUAUACAUUCCUGUACUCAAAGAACACAAGUUUUGGCAAAUUGUCAACUGUGACCGACAGCUCAGGGAACAAAAUGCUAUUUUUAAGGGACUAUAGUAACGUGGUAAGUUACUUUGGUUCAUUUCUAAUAUUAGACAUUGACUUCAAUAAUACACCAUUACGAUUUAUUUUUAAGGUAAGUGCUAUAGAAAAUUCACAAGAUUAUAAAUCUGAACUUGUCAUAUCUGGUGCGGGCAAUCUCGUCAAGUUUUCAGAAAAAGGUAGAUCUGAAAUAAUGUUUAACUAUGAUAGCAACACUGGACUUCUGACUAGUCGUUCGGAUUCGACCGCAGAGGUAUAUAUUAAGUAACUAACCUAUAAUAAAGUAGUAACCAAUAAAUAACAUUGAUUUCAUUUAUUAAACAGGGUGGAUCAUUGUUUAUCUAUAAUUACGAUAAAUUAGGUCGUCUAAUCGAUGUUGUUCUUCCAACGGGCGAAGUUUUUGAACUCUCUUCUCACAUAUCAAUGGAAGAUGACGGUUUCGAAGUCAAUGUAUUAACACCAUUGCAUAACCCUAUCAGUAUGAUUUCGUUGGAUGGACGCAGAGAUCACAUAACUAUUAAAAUGGAGGGGAAUGAUUACAAAAAACUGAUAGUCAAGAACAGUACGUUUAUAUAUUUAUAAUACAUAAUAUAGUUUAUAUAUUGUAAUCAUUGUUCUUAAAUAUGAUGGAAUACAAAGUGGGAAAAUCUGUUUAUAGGUGCUUCUGCCAUUAGCGAGGCAAUUAGUUUUAAAAAUGGUUCAUUCAUGUUCCGGUCCAGAUCCGGAGAAGUAGUACAAUGUUUUGCGGAGUCUAAACACCCUAUACUGGAACUUUCAUUGCCAGUGGAAGCCGAAAUGUUGCCAGUAUUCAACAGGCAGGUGUCGUCGAGAGGUACUUUGUCUAAUGUUGUGCUAUGGACGUAUUCUCUUGUUGGCGACGCUGGUUCUAUCAAAUUUAUUAUUAGAAGAAAACUGACCGUAAAUAUUAUUUCGGUUGGAAAAAUCAGAUGGGUGCUUUAGCUGUAGUGAUUUUUGUUCGCAGAUAAACAAUAGUUCCGUCCUUAUAAUCGAUUACAACCAGUACACGAGAGUAGAGACGAUUCAUAGUGGCAAUAAGCCAUUCACUUCAUUACUGAGCAUUUCGUACAGCCAGAGUGGCCUGCCUCUGUCUUGGACAAUUGGCCAAUCAAAAUAUAGCGUCAACAUAACAUACGAUAGGUAAGUUGAAUGAUUCAGUUUAAUGUACAUACAAAUAUUAUAACCUAUCUACUCACAAAAACAUUGUUUUAGAUUUAAUCGCCUUGAGUCGUGGAGCUGGGGAGCCAUAAAUGAACAAUACAAGUAUACACAUCACGGUCUAUGCGUGCAAAAGAUGUUGAGUCACAGAAGUCCUAUUAAAUAUCUUUACAAUAGUUGGAACAAGGUAAGUUUGUUUGACAAUAAUUAUUGCUAAUUUUGCAAUAAACCCGUAUUCAUUUUGAAAUAGAUAUCUGAAAUUGAACUUUCUACAAGCCGAAAAUUUGGUUACAUUUAUGACGAAUCUGGUGGCUUGAAACACAUCGUUUUACCUUCAGGGACGAAACAUUCCUUUUCGUCUCAGACUUCGUUAGGAUUUAUACGGUACACGUACACCCCGCCGGGAUCGACACGUGCAUAUUUGCAACAUUAUAGUUAUACUGGAGCAUUACUGCAGACCGUGUAUCCCGGAGAGGGUGCCCGAGUUAUAUACAGAUAUCGUAGUUCCGGUCAAUUAUCUCAGGUAAACGAAUGAAUGAAGUAAAAUAAAAGUUUAAAAGUGAAGUCUUGAACUGGAAGAUAAAUAUAUCAUUCAUAGGUGGUGCAUGGAGAUGGAAUCACAAAGGUAAAAUACUAUCCAAACACACAAUUACCCAGCCAAGUAUUAAAUAUUGAAACGGAUUUCGAAUAUCGAUGGGAUUAUCAGUAUAACGACGGGUUAUUGAUCGAAGAAAGAAUCGAUUAUGGUCCUAAGACAGGUCUUAGUAACGCCAAAAUUACUUAUGAGUAUGACAGUAAUUUCAGAGCUAUAUUGAUCGAAGGCCGUAUAGGCGGACAGAGCUUACAGGAAUAUCAUAUAGAAUAUAACCCGGAGACGGGCAGUAAAAAAUUGUUGGGCCAAUUCGAGGUAUUCUUUUUAUUUUAUUGAAACCAAAAAGAAAUUAUAAACAUACAUGUUUUAUUUUCUUACAGUUGAAUACAUAUGGAAACAUAACGAGACUCUCAGAUGGGACCGCUAUAUUCCAUCGAGUGACUAACGACUAUUUUCAAGUGGCACAUAUGUCUGUUACGAUACACCAGAUGGAAGUUUUCCGCAUGGAAUUUAUGUACAAUUUGGACAGUAGAAUUAUACAAUCACGUACUUACACGCACAAUGUGGGCGUCAAUACAUAUACGACAGUUAAGAAUUACACAUUCGACGAUGAUGGUCAAUUGCAAUUUGUGGAAGCCCAGGAACCUUGGGGUUUUAAAUACGAUCAAAACGGAAAUAUGUUAUCUAUGACGUACAGGUAAACAUCACAGUGUAAUAUUGCAAAUAAAUUUUAAAACAUUUUGAUUUUGAUUUAUUUAUAGAGGUAACAUGAUACCUAUGGAACACAGUGUGAUGGAUCGGAUAGAAAAAUUCGGAGAAGGACUUUACAGAUACAAUAACCGUGGGCUCGUCGUGCAAAACGCUAGGGAAGAAAAAUUCCAGUACAAUUCCAAGGGACUCUUAGUAAUGAACAAAACAAUACUAAUUUUAAUUGAUAGCAUAAAUUAUAUACUGAAUAAUAUUAUAUUUUAUACAAAUUAGAUAAGAGCAAUAAAAAGAGGUCGGUUUGACGUACGCUACUACUACGAUCAUCUCAAUAGACUUAGCACGCGAAAAGAUAAUUUCGGAAACGUCACUCAAUUCUUUUAUACUAAUCAUAAAAACCCGAACGAAGUAAAUCAAAAAUUUUUAUUAAUAAAUACUCGUAUUAAUUUAAAUUGCACGUGUUUUUCAGGUGAGUAAUAUAUUCAGUCCGAGAGAUGGAAAGUUAAUGUCGUUGACGUACGACGACAGAGGAUUUUUAAUAUAUGCUCAAGUGCACAGGCACAAGUAUUAUGUAGCAACUGAUCAUUGUGGAACACCCGUCAUGAUUUUCAAUCAAUACGGAGAAGGAAUCAGAGAAAUGAUGAGAUCUCCAUAUGGGCACAUAGUUUAUGAUUCUAAUCCGUACUUAUAUUUGCCUAUUGAUUUUUGCGGUGGACUUUUAGAUCAGGUAUAUGUUCAAGGUUUUUUGAACUAUUUAAUAGUAAACAUAUAUAAUUUAAUAUUAUAUAUAAACAUAAUUAAACAUUAGAUAUUGGAAGAUAUAAGUUUUUUAACAAAUAUUACGAAUUUUGUAUUGGAAGUAAUCUGCUUACUUUUUAUUAGGCAUUGUAUACUUAAAAUAAAUUCUAAUUUAAAUUUGUACGACGAUAGGUCAUAAAUAAUAUCGAAUUUUAGACAUUGGAUAGAGAGGAAAAUAAAUUAAGUGGUACAAGAAAUUGUUAAAGGAAAUCAUUUUGUUGGUAUUUGUAUAAGUUACAAGUUAAUUGAUCCGUAUAGUAUACUUAAUUUUUUUUGUAUGUGGUUAGUUAAAUUUAAACGGAAAUACCAGACUUGUUCAUGACGACUAUUUAAAUUAUUGGAGAAAAGCAAGAAUUGUAUGUUAAAUAUAUAUACAUUUUAUUACAGGUUACAUCGCUGGUACAUAUGGCCAACGGUAAAGUUUAUGAUCCCUUAGUUGGGCAAUGGAUGUCACCGCAAUGGGAAGGAAUGCUAGCUAGAGCAACAGAACCUCAACAAUUGCAUUUAUAUAGGUUCAACGGCAAUGAUCCAAUUAAUGUAAUGCCUACUCGAAAAUAUCUUAAAGGUAUGUCUAUAGAUCAUCGUUGGCAUAUUCUAUGCCAUAAGAGAACUGGCUAUUUCUGUACAAUGUGUAUACAUUCUGAGCUCUGGCUAAUCCGGCAAUUGACUGUUGAGCCGUUGUGUUCCUCUCUAUAUAAUCAGAAGCAAUGUUGCACCGUGGGUAUGCGUGGUGCCAACCAGUUUUGGUCGGCGCAUAGCUCGUUCUCUCUUGGGACAGAUUAUAGACGGUUAUUUGAAAUAUUUCUGCGGUCAUAAGCAUCGCCGCGACAAAUCGGUGGCGUAGAUUGACAAAUGAGGAGUUCAAUCGGUUUUUAUUCAUUAGAUUUAAUUUCAUGUUCUGUCUUAAUAUUACAAGUUGAAAUAAAUCAUUAGAAAACUAAAUUAAAUAAAAUAAAAACAAAUAGCCUUACAACUGCUGUUACCAGAAUUGGGAAUAAAUAACUAAACAUAAACGGACAUACUUUGCACGAUGUGGCUACUAUUGUAGGUGAGACGUUGGGAAGCUAGAGGAGAAAUUUAAUGCCUAUCUGUACACAAUGAUUAAUCAUUUUAAUGAAAAACAAUUUGAUCGAGCGAAGUUCAAUUAUACAUGCUUCGAAAGUUUACGGUCUUUCAAAGGGGCCAAAGGGUAAUAUUUACGAUUUUCGUUUAAAUUUGAUAUUAAAAGUAUUAUAAAAAAAAUGUCCACAUUAUAUCAAAUUGUAUUUUUAUUUUCCACAAAAUAUGACUAAUGAACUUCUUGUUAAAUUUUCAAGUAUUUCUGUUUGGUUUAAUAAUUUUAUUCACAAAAGUACCUACCUAGCUACCUAAUAAAAAUUACAUAAAAUACUGAUUAAAUAAAUAUGUCUAUAAAUAGCUCAAAAAUGGCUAAAAUGUAUUGAACAUUUUACCUAGAAAAGGUAAUUAUAAGUUUUCUGUCCAAAUGGAAAUUCUCUACAAAUAUCUUUAACUGAAUUGCAACGAAAAAACAAAAUUUUUCUUAAAUUACCAAUGAUAUUUUCAAAAAUUGAUUAAUAUUUACCCAUGCCGGUUUAUGCUACAUGUUUUUUUUACUGAUAUUGUUUUUGACAAAUUUAGGAAUAAAGUAAAAAUCAAUUCGAGAAUUAUUAAAAGUUGAUGUUCAUCACAAAUUUUCCUUUUUUUAAUGGCCAUUAUAUGUUUGAACUCACUAGUAAAAUGAAACUAUUACAAACGCACACAGUUACACAUACAAACGUAAUCAUAGGUACACCACUACACUAAUAAUUACAGAUCUAAAGUAACUGUGCGUACAGUAGUGCAGUAGUCAUUAUCUUCGAUUCCGAUAACUAAUAAUAUAUAAUACUAUCUAAUCGUUUAUAUUUUAUAGUUUUUACUAUGCAAAUAAAUAUAAACGAUUAAAUUAUAUUGUAUUUAUUAAGUCAAAACUCAAAAGAAUUAAAUUAUAUUGAAAUUGACGUGAAAAAUAUUUUUAACAUAAACGAAAAUUUAACUUCUUUGUAUGGGCCAUAAAAAACUGCGCUCUUAAGCGAAACAUUAGCGCUCUCCUUUUUAUUAAUUCUGCGGUCAUAUAGCUAGGAUGUUGAGUUCAUUUUUUUUUAGAAAGCGCCUCAAAUCGUACUUAAUUAAUUAUUUUAGUCAAAUGUCCAAAAUUAUAAAAAAUUUAGAAAAUUUGCGGUUUUUAUUUUAUUUUACGCGAUCCUGUCCUGUCCAUAUAAUUUAAGACCAUGGUCCCAAUCGCAGGAUAAAAAAACCAAGGUAAAAACGUAGAGAUGUAAUGUCACAAAAAUAAUUGUUUACAGAUGAAAAAUAUUGGCUGUCUCUGGUCGGCUAUGACCUGAAAGAACUCAUGCCUCAGAUGCCGCAGUCGAUAUCGACGUUCCCAUCGCUGUUGCCAUCAAUGUCAGCGAGUCUUGGCAAUAUACCGUUAGACAUAACGUCUGUUUACUUCAACCACUUAACAAAGCUGCUGAAUAAACGAAAACUCACGUCGCUACCCGAAUCGAGGACUCAUGCUGACCCGACCGUCAAUUCGUUUAAGGCGGCAGCAAAAUACACCGACCCGAUGUGGACGACGUUCUACACCAAUGACCAGGAAGAGGAAUCCGCAGACGCGGAUCGGGGUCCAAAGGCCCAUGGGAUCCGACCCGGCGCAUCACCGGCCCCACUGUUUGGCAAUGGCAUACACAUAUCGAGAUCGUUCGAUGGCCGGGUAAUCGUGCAGAGCGUGCCCACAGCCAAUCCUAUCUACAAAGACGUGUUCACAUCCGUGUUUAACAACACGUUCCUGUUGCCGUUCAGUCUGGUUAUGCAUGGCGCCCAGCAGGACGCCUACUAUUUUGUCAAGAAGGACAUUUGGCAUGCCAACGAGGACAAGGCACAACUCAAGAGAUUCGGUUCGCAAUUGAACACCACUUUCCACGAAAAAGAAUCCGACAACAAUUCCGGAAAGGUAUGAAUAUGACCAUGGUAAACUAGAUUAGGCCAAAGAAGAACAUGGAAAUUUGAUAUUUUUGAUUAAUCAAUAAUCAAUAGGAAAGUAAAGAACUCAACAUAGAAUUGAGUAAAAUUAAAAUUUCGUACAGGCCUUUAUUACUAUUAAGUAGACCUUAUACAUUAGGGCAAAUGUCACUUUUUCCCAAAUCGUGUACCUAUGAUCUAAAAAAAAUGUGACCUAAUUGACGUGGCUUUUAUCUUUUAAUCAGCCGUGGUUUUUCAACCACUAAAAGUUUAAGACGUUAACCUAGUAAAUUGUGUAAUGUUAAAUAAAAUAUUAACAUUGUUUUUUGAAUACAUUUUAAAUGUUUAGAAAAUAACAUUGAUUUAACUAACAAUAAACAUAGUAUUGAGUUAAGAUAAUAUUUUUACGUUUUUAAUUUCGUAUACUUAGAUUUUGAUUUUUCACGAGCAGAUUACCACAGUUAACUCCAAGGCUCUCUAAGCCACGCAUAUUAUGCAUCUGAAUUUUUAAUUUCAUCUACCGUUAUCCUGCGUUUCUGAUUUUUUGAAUAUUGCAGACAUUUCUUUUUUUUUUUGAACCUAGGUGGUUCAAAAGAAAGAUAAGCAGCUAGGGUGGGCCAUUUUCAUCUGACACAUUAUCCUGUCAAGAAGUCGUUUAUUAAACAACUUCUUCUUCUCUUUUAUCUUCAUCUCGACUAUUUUGGAAAAGCCACUUUCAUUCUUAACUUCCUCUAGAUCUGACCUUUUAUACACCUCAUAUAACCCUCGAUUGCUUUCAACCACCUCUGUUUUAGUUUUGGUUUUCACUUCUUUUCUCUUAUGUUUAUUUUCAUUACAAUUCUAGUAAGAAUUGUAGAAGAAGCAGUAGCUUCAGAUUCCUCUCUGUUCGUGAUAUGCUCAAAAAUAUCUAUAAUUUUCUCCAAUUUUUUGUAUUAUCGAAACCACGCCUAAACUCUCUCUUGUACUAUCUUCUAUCGUCACUCCACUCAUCCAUCUUCGUGAAAGCGUUCUCAUCUCUACUAUACUCAUUCUUCGGCUACUGUCUAACAAACCAAACCAUACAAUUUAAUCCGUCACACCACACUCUUGUAGAGUUUACCUUUAAGUCUCAUUGGAAUCCUAUUGUCACAUUAAACACCCAACACUUCUCUCCACAUUAUCCUACCAUACUUAAUCUUAUGUUUCAUCAUCUUUAAAGCCUUGGUUUCCAAAUAACUAUCAUCGUCCUUCUUCUGUCUAAUAAUCCUAUCUACAAACCAAUCGACUGCUGACCAUUAGCUUUCGUCUCUAGUACGGCCAUCACGAUAGUCUUCGGGGACAGCAUGUAGUAUAGAUCGACUUCUAAUUCCUGCGUCUGUUUCCAGCAACGGUCACACUCAAAGAAUGUGUGUUCAACAUUGUCCGCAGUUGAAACACGCCCCUCUGGCGCUAUUUUGAAGCGAUGCAGAUAUUCUUGGAAACAUCCAUGACGAGAGAGGAAUUGAAUUAGGUGGAAAUUAAUCUCACCCCAAUUUUGGGUAACCCACUUCUGAAAGGGGGGGAAUGGGAUUUAUUGUCCAUCGCUUUUGGUCCAUCGUUAUUUGAAUAUUACAAACCUGGUAUAAGUUACCUGAACAUGAACAAGAUGUUGUUUUUAUUAUUAUAGCACAUCUUAAUUUGUAUAACAGUGUAAGACCUCAUUGUUUUGUAUCACUUAAUUUACAGUUCGGUAAUACUAGUAGUGUUAGAAAACGAAUUAAAGAGCUAAAACGGUUUCUCUUAUUUACUCCGAAUCAUGCUUUUUUACGAUUUUCUGCUUUUUCAAGAGUUUCUUUUUCUUGCUUUGCUCUCCGUUUUUCAUUUUCAAUACUAAUACUUCCUCUGUUAUUUUUAUGGCGAAUCAUAUUUGUUAUACAUACAAUACUUAUUGCUUUUUAGAUUUUUCCUUAUAUGCUUUUUAAAUUGAUGAAAAUAAUCUGAAAGAAGGUUUAUUGUAGCUUUAAGAUGUUGAAUUAUUUAUAUAAAGUUGAGCUAAUAAAUUCCAAACACUCGUUGAAUUAACUUUAUAAUAUGUUAGCUGAUUUAUAUUUUGAAUAACUUAAAUAAUCGGUAUAUCCAUAAUUUAUUAAUAUUCAUGAAUAGAUGUUGAUAUUAGCUAUUGAAAUUGGUUUUUACGUAUGUUUUUAUGGAUUUUUGGUAUCUGUUGACUAAUGACUUUAAUAAAUUAAAUUUGUUAAUUAAUUUAAUAGUUUAAAUUAACUUUUGUAUAAAUCAAUAAGAGUAUUAAAGCUGAAACUGAUAUACACAAUUUUCAAUCAAUUUUGAUUGAUAAUUUUUGUUAUUGAUUGAUGUCUGAGCAUCUUAUAAAUAUAUAAUCUUAUAUAUAUAUCGUUUUUGGCCCCACUAUUGUUGUGACCAAAACAAACAUUCCAUUGUGUAUGUCCCUCAAAUAAACGAUAUGCAUGUUGAAUUUCUUUAAAAUUUAAAUUUAUAUUUUAUGUGUGUAAUUUUAAAAAAAAAUGUCAAUACUAUAUUUAAACGACAUAGGUUUUUAUUACGAUUUAUCUAGAUUUAGUUCAAUAUUAAUUAAUAUGGCCAUUAGGCCAUAUUAAAAAGAUGUCUCCAUGUCUAAUAAGCAUUCAGUGGACAACUAUUUUAACUAAUACAAUAAAAUUAGUAAAUUAAACAUUUUUACUCAUUAAACUUUUUAUCGUUUUAAAAGGAAGGUUAGGUUAGGUUAGGGAUAAUAUUUUUCUUUAAAAUCAAGCUCUGAAUAUUCUUUUUCAAAAUUACAUUUUGUGUAUAAAAUAAAUUUAACUCAAGAUGGUUUUAAUUAAAAUGUACGAAUAUACUCGAGUAAUCGGUAAAACCGAUGUUCUUCAACAAUAAUUCAUAGAACCACUGCACCACCAAUAAUCGACACGAACUAAUGUUAUUUUCAAAUCGUUCGCUUUAUGUUAUUUGUAUUUUUACAUAAAUAUAAUACAUAUUAUUUUAAAAAUUCCUCGUGUUCAUAGAUGGUGGACGUACGCAUACACUGCGCGGACACGAUGAUGAACCUCCGAUACGGUACCACUUUGGAACAUGAGAAGCAGCGGCUGCUACACCACGCCAAGACGUCGGUAAUGCGGAAGGCCUGGCACCGUGAGAGGGAUCUACUCAGAUUGGGCUUGCCCACCAACAAGGACUGGUCUGUAGCUGAAAUUGAUGAGAUACUUAAAUCAGGAUAUGCUACUGGAUUCGAUGGCGAGUACGUCCGGGACACGGAUAGGUAUCCGGAACUGUGUGACGACCCGUACAAUAUAAGAUUCGUCAAGACCAACUAACUUGCCAACGACGACAUUAUACCAAUUAAUAUAUGUAUAAAUUAUUAUUAUUAUUAUUACCACGAAACCGCCUCCAUUACAGUAUGAUUUAUUGUAAAUAAUAUAAUAUUAUAACAGUGUGAUCCCUCCCUUCAACAUCAAACUCGAAAUACCCCGUACCCGUACCAUCUUCAAAGUUCGCUGUCAUAUUUAUAUAUUUUUUAUUUAUUGGUGCGCUUAUUUUUUAACCAUAUAUAUAGGUAUUUUUACAGAAUAUCAAAUAGAUCAGGAAAAAGGUAAAUUCGGUCAUACACUAUGGCUUUUGUACGAUAGUCAUGACUGUUGACUUUUAUUUUGUAUUAUAUAUUUUAUAUUAUAUUGUGGCAGUCCUAAGUCUAAAAAAAAAAGAAAAAGGAAAAAUAUUUUCCGGGUGAAAGUAUGGUUAAGAAAAAAUAAACAUUUACUUAUUUUAAUCAUCAAAGAAAAUUGCCUUUAGCCUCUUCAACGGAUUACACUGGGUUUUGAAUGAUAAUAUCAACAUGUUUGAAAUGCAUUAGUCUAAAAGUAUAGUUGUCAGUCAUCGUCAUUUAUACUAAUCCACUACUACAUCUUAACUGUCAAUAGUAAAGAUCUACAUUCGAAAUUCAUAAUGUAUGGCUGGGUUAAAGUGACUUUGAAAUCUGCGAUUUAAGAAUUAAUUAAGGCCCUGGGAAGAAAUUCAAAUACAUCAAUAUAAAAUAAUAUUAUUAUUAAAUUUCUCAAAAAACCGUAUAUCGGUCUUUAUAUUACGAAAAUCUUCAACCUCAUAUUGUUCUCUGAUUGGUUUACUAGUUAUCCAUUUUAUUAUUUAUGAAAUCAGUCAAUAAAAACCGAUUUCUAUUUCAACAUAUUAUAACUGACAGUUUUGUAAUUAGAAAAAAAAAAUUGUAUAUAAAAAUUGUUUUAAAAAAAAUACUCUAUCCAAAUAUGUAAAAAAAACCCCGGUGUUGCCAUUUAAAGAAAAUUAAGUUAUAUUGCGCAUGCGCGUAUUAAAAGAGUUAAACAUUUAAAAUUUGUAUUUGGGUACACCCUAUCAUUCCCCGAAAAUUUCAUUUCAAUACUAGGUCAUCAAACUGAAAUAUUUAGUGAUAUCUUUUAUCGUGAACAUAUUAUAUAUAUAUGGAAUAAAUGGAUACCUAUAAAUAUAAAAAAAACAAGACAUGUAGGUAUAAAUGGUUAGGUCAGUAGUUCUCAACCGAUGUUCUUCGGCAUACUAAUGACUAGAAUUGGCUGUUGGUGUGCUACUACUGAGAUACACGCGUAUAGUACCUAUCAAUAGGUAUUAAAAAAAGAAAUUUCCCAGUACUUAUUUUUUUUGUUAUCAAUAAUGAUUAUUGUUUGGCGGUCGACGUAAAACAUUAUGAACAACAGUUAGCCGUUAAACAUUAAUAUUUUCUAACAGUCGUGCUUUAGUAUUUAAAAUAAUUACAUAAAAUAAAAUAUUAUUCAAUAAAAUGGACAAAUGUAGUAAUUUAUUAUUUUUAAUAAACAUCAUAUUGGGAAUAAUAGUGUCAAGAUUUCAAAUAUAAUAACUGAUUCGGCAAAGAAAUUUUAUUUUAUUCGGAAAUAUGCUGAUAAUUAUUUAAGUUUUGGUUUUUUUUUGGGCGAGAAAUGAAGAAGAAUCUCUUCUAUUUUGCGUUGUAUGUGGGGUAAAACUUUUGAAUAGUUCCCGAGUAAAUUUAACCAACAUCUAAUUAAAAGAUCAGAAUUAUUUUAAAGACGACUUUGCAUUUAUUUUCGAUUAUAUAAUAUAUAAACUAUAAAUUUAAAAUUAUGAUAAUAAAAUAUAUAUUUUAAUUCUUAAAUUAACAUUAUAAUUUGUUAUAUAUCUUACUAUUAUAAUGUUUCGUCAAAAUGUAUUGUUAUAAAAAAAAAUGUGCUUUGAAGUUAAAAAGGUUGAGAAUCUGGGUUAGGUAAUGCUAUGAAGUUAUGAUAGGUCCAUUACGAGUGGGUGAAUCGAUAAUUAUCCAGGUUGUGUGCCAACGCUCAAUAAAAACAAUUUCUAACCGAUUUUCAUAUAUUCCAGAGUGUGAUAUGUCUUUCUUUUGCCCACCCUAAUAGGCACACGUGCACAAUGUUCAUAUCAAAAUCAGAAAUGAUAAUAUUAAUAUAAAAAAUUCUAUCGAAACAUGAAGAUCUACAUACUUUUAAUAUUUACUAUAAUAUUAUACCCUAUUAAAAGUGGUAUAUAUUUUAAAAUUGACGGUGAACUUUGCUGGCCUUUUCUGGACACGUCUGUAGGGCUACGCCUUUACAUAUCUCACCUUAUUGUUCUCAAUCGUCAGUGGCGCCGAACGCUCGACGACUUAUCACCUUGUAUUUGUUUCAAAAAAUAGAGUAUAUUAAUAUCAUAUUUUAGGACAUUAAGACUAUUGUUGGUUGAACUGAUCUUAUAUUGCUGAAAACCCGGUAUAACGUUUUUUUUUUUUUUAUAAAUUAUAUAACAACAUAAUAUUCUUUACCAAGUUUUGUGGUAUAUUGGUCACCCGGCAAUAGUUCCGAUUCGUCCCGACGACCACGACUUGGCAAUGCAAUUUCAAUACUACGUUGUCCUCGAAAACCAUGGGCGAUAGUUGGGAGGAUAAGGUUGAUUGGGUUUCCAUAAAUAUCCCAAGUGCGUUCCGCAUUUAUACUUUCCAUAACCCGAGUGCAUUCGCUCUGUUAUUGACAAAUUAUUUUGAACUGCUCCUCAAUUGCGUCUACAGUUGUAUUGAUGCAGCAUAUAGGUAUAUACCUAUAUUUAAAAGCUGAUAUAUUGAAUAGUAAACCAACCAUAAUGGGCGUAAGCCAAUAACAAAUAAUAAAAUAAUUAAAUAUUUUCGGGGUUUAAACCAGUUCACCUCUUCGUGGUGCACCUUGUGUAAAUCUAAACGAACUGGGGCGCAUUCGGGCUAUGUUGAAAAUAUUAUAUUUUUUCUUGGGACGCACUCGGGUAAUACUUUAUUCUGGACGCACUCAAUAUAUUGAAAACGUGUUAUUUCAUAAACCCCGAGGUUGGCCCCCCCUACUCGGACAAAAAGUACCAAAUCUCCGCCUAUGACUCGAACCACUGCUAUUUUAUACAAAUAUUAUUAUUAUAUCGUGUAUAUUGUUUGUUGUGUAAAUCUCGUGAUUAUGAUACGAAUAUUCUAUUAUUAUAUUAUUAUUGUCCGUAUAUUGUAUAUUUUGUACGACGAACCGGCGAGUAACGAUUGAAGCAAUUCUAUUGGCUCGAAGUAGAAUUUCAUUAUUAUUAUUAUUAUUAAAAUUAUUUAACAAUGUACUUUAAUUACAUGUAAUUAUUAUUUGUUUGUAUAAGUGCUCGAUUUUGCCAAAAAAAAAAAGAAUUAUUUAAUCGAUUUAUUUUUAUAUAUUUUAUGAUAAUAUUUGAUUUUUUACGAUUCGCCUCUUUAUUGUAUUUGUUCUCCGUAUUCCAGUAUAACAUUAUAUACAAAAUUGUAAAAACAUUUUUUCGUUUUAUCAUACGUUGCAUUUCUCGUUUUACUGUUUGUCUGUUUAGCCUAAACUAUUUAUAAUACGGUUACUGUAUGGUUUUAUAUAGAUGCCGAAUAUCAGUAUUAAUUAUCGAAAUUAUUAUCACUAUCGAUGAUUUAUUAUAUUAUAUAUUAUAAUAUUAUAUUAAUGUGUCCAGAUAUAUUUAUAACAUUGUAAAAGAAAAAAAAUUACUUACUAUUAUCAUAAUAUAAAUAUUUAACGAAUUUACUGUAUUUACGUGCAAUUUAUUUACAUUUUAUUUUAAUUUAAUAAAAAUAGUUGUAUUUUUUCCUGCAUUCUGGCCAUGAUGGUCGUUAAACAUGAUGCUAUGAUGUUGUUAUAAAACUAGUAUUAUAAUACUGUAG